ACACGUCACCUGUAGAGGUCCCCCUUCCACCAGCUGCUGCACGCGCACCUUUGUUGCACCUCCUCCUCCUCCUCGUGCUCCAUGCAGCGGAGCGCGGGGCAGGACGCACACAGAGGAAACACCCGCACAACUGAGGGUGAGCUGAAGGAGAGAGUCACAGAGUCACAGAGGAUGCUGCUGCUGCCGCUGCUACUGCUGCGCGGGGACGGAGGCUGCGCUGCGUGUGGCUGACACGCGGGACUCCUCACUGCUGUGUCCGCUUUCUCUGUACUCUGUACCGUGAAGUCCAGCCAGUCCGUCUCAGAGCCCUCUGCGGUUUCCUUCCUCUCCUAAGCGGGUUUGUCCUUGCUGCAUGCCGGGAUGCCCGCCGCGCCUCUCCUCGCGCUCUUCUCCGGUAAGUUCAUCCGCGCGCCGCUGCAGCGCUGAGGUUGUGAGUGUGUGUGUAAGUGUGUACUUGUGUGUGUGUGUGCAUGAGUGUGUGUGUGAUGAAUUAGAAGUUGUGGAGUGCAGGAGCAUGCAGAGGUCAGGUAUGCUCUCAAAGUGAAGGCUGUGUUGUUGCUCUCUAAAUUAAAGCAGGUCUUUGUUCAGUCAGAGGUGAGUGUUGUCAUGAAAGCAGCUUAAAUCUGGAGCUUCAAGUGUUGUUUCUUCUCACCUUGACUGCUCUGAUUGCUCAAGAUAUUUUCAGAUGUGUGUGUUUGUGUAUUCUUGUGUCUCAUUCUUCAUCUAAAGCUGUCCCUCACACAUGAUGAAUGGAUUUGUGCCUGGUCAAAGAGUUAAAGCUCCUGUGAGGAACUUUAGUCUUGUACAUCUUGGAUACAUCUUGUGGAUAAGAGUGGGGAUAUUCUGGUUUUAUAAAGAUUUUGUUCAUGUGAUUUUGGAGUGAGACUUGGUUCUCUCUUUGUUCACAGCUAUUCUCAGGGGGAAGACUGUGAUAGCUGUGAUGAUGUAUUUGUGGUGUUUCUGCACUUGCAGUGAAGGUCUGAAGGGCUGGUUCCUGUAUGUUGUCAGGUCUAAGUUUGUAUAUAUGGUUAUUUUGAACCUAGAUAGUGAGACAAAUGAGCCUAUGUGAAAAGAGUUGACAUAGCUAAUGGUAUAGUGCAAAAUAAAACCACUAGGUGGCAAUAGAAGUGAAACCACAUGAUGCAGUGCAUAACUCAGAUCAAAACAAACAAGCAUGAAUGAAAUGCUUUUACUGUCAGCAAAACUGAGAAGAAAAAUAUGGGUGCAUUUUGGAAUUUUUUAACACCACAAGCCAGUAGUUGUACAUGAGUCAUACAUUAUAAAAGCUUUGCAAAAACACAGUUUAGUACUGCAGCAAUGAAAUGAACCUCUGUAGGAACAACAUGUACAGUAGGUUUUCUUCACAGUCCCAACCACAAUAACUUGAAGUGUAGCUUAUUAUUUCCAACAACUUCUCAACAAAAUAAAGGAUCAAACAGCUGCUAUAUGAAUGUGAGUCAAACUGUGCGAUCCAAACUUGUUGACUCUUGACUCAAACUACAAAUUGUUAGUUUAGACUUAAAAAAUAAUCGUUGGGUAGUUUUGCAGUAAAUAAAAGCUGACUCAAAAUCAACUGGAAACUGAAUAUUAUGGUUGCACCAAAAAGCUAAAAGCACUAGUUAUAUUAGAAAAGGCUGUUAUUUCUGAAAAAAAAAUUAAGCUGUAGGAAUGUAAAGAAAAUGUUUUGAACUACUUUGAAAUCCUCUAGGCUCUGAGUUUUAAGUGUUUUAAGUUGUUAAAUUAUUAAGUUAUACUUUUGCUGUUAUUCACAACGAUAAAAAACAGCUGUUGUGAAGCCUGAGCGGGACACAGUCAUUAUCCAUACUGCAGGAUAUACAUCUGUAAACAAUAUAUAUUGUUUUAUAGCCUCUGUGCCAUAUUACAUAUUUUAUCAUGGUCUCUGUACCUCAAUAUGUUUUGUAUUUCUGUCUCUGUUUUAUAAUACAGAUCUUAUUAAAGCCUCUGAAUUGGGAUAUGUAGGAUAUUGUGAUGUCUGUAUCGUAGCACCAAACAUAUGAUGAUGGCCUCUGAAUAAUUUACCUGUAGGUCUGGAUGGUUCAUUACCAGAUUGUGGUCUGGUUGGUCUGUUCCUCUCUGCUGGUAGUUUAAACAGAGGGUAAAUGAAGAGGAUCUUUGGUGGUUGGUCAGAAAAUGUGGAGAAUAACACUACAAGCCCUUUUUAUACAGCAACUUUGGUCUAGUGUCAUAAUGAAGUUUUAUUGCCAUCAUGUCAAAGUACUUUCGUACUGAUCCAUUUUCAUCCCUGCUAGCUAUCUAAUGACAGUUAUAUUAAAUUUGAAAUGUAUUAAAAAAUUGAAAAUUUUGGCAACUUCUGUCACUACACACCUCUACAUUGCUCCGUCUCGCCCCUGCAACAGAAAAUACAUUAUGUUCAUCUCUUGCCCCUCUGGUUUUGGACGUCUUUUUAUUCAUUCCAGCAGGUCUUCCCAGCAUUCAAGAACCCAAGAUUUUUGAAGCUUCCUUCACUUUAGUCAUGCAAUAAAGUUGUAUUACUUUGUAUAAAAAGACAGAUUUGCUCUUUUAAGGAGAUUUACUGUCUGGUGAUCUUUCAAUUUGAGCAAAUCUCUUGUGUAUCUUUCUAAAUUCUCAUGUGACUUAUUGAACAAGCCAUUUAGAGCUCCCUGUAGUCCGACCAGGGGAUUAACUUUAACACAUAUUAACCUUUAAAUGUGAUACUUUACCUAUGUAUAGGACUGAUGGCCGAUAUUUUAACUUUUUUUUUACAUUUGAAAAAUGCAUAUUACUUCCUCUUUCACAUGCUUCAUCGCUAACAUUCACUCUGAGUGUAUAUAGCCUUGUGUGUGUGUGUGUGUGUGUGUGUGUGUGUGUGUGUGUGUGUGUGUGUGUGUGUCCAGUUGUCCAGGGGUGAUAGGGGGUUUCAUUAGUUGCAUUAUGGGACUGAGUGAGAUGGUCCAUGUUGAAGCUCAUGGCAUCGCCUGUUUCCCUCUCUGCAGAAAACACACUCUGACUUCUGACGCAUUAAAAUCAGCUCAGUGAACAAUAAGAAGCCAGAGUGCGACUGGAGCUCUUUGCAAAAAGUGCUUUAUUCAAACAUGUUUAAUAAACCUCUGAUCUCUUGGGUACAAAAGAAACCAAUUAAUUAUAUUUGGUGUCAAUUAAUUCUUGUCAGCAGAGCUCUAUUUUGGAGAGUCACUGUAGCUUGGAUCUAAGGGAUGCCCCCAGGUGGGCAGAGAUCAGUCAUGUUUUCUAAACCAUUGUGGGAAACAUGCAUACAGGACCGAUAUGAAACCCAGAAAACAACCAGAGUGAACGUCCUGAAAAGUGACAAUGCUAUUGAAUUAACCAGGGAUUUCUGGAUCCCACUGAAUAUUCAAAAGUUUAUAUCUUGGUCGACUGCACUAGACUGAAACCUACUGGACACUUUGAACAAGCACUUAAUGUACGCACACUUAAUGUGCUGCAUUACAAACCCUGUCUUUGACAGAACAAGCAUUUUUCAGGUGUGGUCGACAGGAAACAGUUUUUCUAUAAAAACUGAUAAUUACAGAGCCAGUUGGCUGGUGGCAGAUAUAUCAUUUCGAUAUCACUUUUUUUUUUCUCCAUUUUUUGAGAUGCAACAACAUAAAUAUACAAGCAAAAAAGAAACAGAUUUGAAUAAAAUAUUAUACUGAUUCAUUAAAAUAUUACCAUAAUGAACUUUUGAAUCUCUGCCCCGCCAUCUAAAAUUCACUACAUUUAAUAAAUAUUCCAUUAAGAUACUCUAAGAGCAUCAUGUUAAUGCCACUGUACCUGUACUGAAGUAUGAUGCUGUUGCCACACCUAAAAUACGAGCAUACUGUCAGUAGACUUUUUGAUAGUUUAUAGCUCUCUUUUUUUUACUUCUAUUUUUAACAGCUUUACUUUAUUACUGAAUUGUAUUUACAACUGUUUUGUAUUUUGAUGUUUUUCUUUUCCUUUCUUAUUUGUAUUUGACUCACAACAGCCUUCUGUAGACUGGUGUUACAAAUUAGCAUCUUGCUAAAAGCACUAUGUGCAGUGCAUCAGGGGGUUGUGCAGCACCAAUUUUAUUAUACUCCCAUGUAAAUAACUACACAAAUUCUAUUCUAUUCUGUAAUCCUGAAAAGUAUUUCAGAGUAGUGUAAAUAGGAUCAGUUUUCGUCCAUCUCAGUGGGGGUGUCUUAGAGUUAAAUGAGGACAGACAUGUGAAGCUGAGGUGUUCAGGCUCUUUGCUUAUAAAAGCUUUGGAGAGCAGCUCCAGAAUAGACACUCGUGGCCAAAUAUUAUUCCAGUACAAGGUGAAAGUUGCUCAGUCAAGUUGAAGUACUUGAUUUGGAGUACUGGAUUUUUUGUGUUUCAAAACACUUUUAAAUGUUUUAUUUUAAAAGUGCAUGAGUGCUGUUAAGAAUGUAUAAGUGUAUGUUUUGUAAUUAUGGAGCAUUAUUUGCAUUUUUUAAACUCAUGCAAUAGAUUUCCAGAUUUGCAGCUCCAUGAUAACAGGGAAAAUUUGGGUACAACAGACCGUGAUUUAAGGUCAGCCUUGACACACCUUGACGUGCUUUCUCUAGUUAAAUGGCACCAUAAAAUUUAUGCGUGGUAUAAUGAGCACACAUUCAUGCGGGUAUGUACAGAACUCAAGUGAAUUUCCUAAUUGUCUACCAUGCUUUGUAGUCUCUCUGUCUCUCUCUCUCUCUCUCUCUCUCUCUCUCGCUCUCUCUCUCCCUCUCUGUUUGUGUGUGUGAACAUACCUGUGUGUGUGUGUGUGUGUAAAGGCAGCACAGUGUCCCAGCACAGUGUCAAACCAUUGGAAAGCUUUUAGGAGACUCUUUGUUCACACUCCAAACUACUGAAGCAGAGUGACUCAGAGUGACUGAUGUCCUGACGGUGUCAGACUGAGUGAAGGACCGGAGCAGGAUGUCUGAGCGAUGAAGGCGAUGAAGAGGAGACGAGAAUGUGUCUUUGUGCUGCUCCUCUCCUCUCCUCAUCUUCUCUCCUCCUCUCUCCUCUCUCUCUUCACACUCUAUUUUUAGAACUCUUCCUCAGUGACCUUUCUGAUGAUGACCAUUAUUCUGUGCCUGUGAGAUCCUUAGAGCUGUGUGUGAGUGUGAGAGAGUGUGUGUGUGAGAGUCUGUGAGUGUGUAUGUGUGUGUGUGUGUCAGGUGCUGUAACCGUCUCUAUAUUUAGAGGAGAUGACCAGCGGCAGCCACACGAUCUGUCAGUGUGGAGAUGACAGAAGUCUCCAGAGCCAGAGGUGACCAUGUGACGUCUCACAGCACUCCGGACUCAAAUCUCAGGCUGCAGCCCCCCUCUUCUUCCCCCCGUGCCUCUGCAGUGAGGCUCUGUAGGUGACUUUGACAGUCACACACUCAAAUAGGUACUAUUAGAUUUGUUCUGCUGGAUGAAAGACUGGCCCCUCCCGCGCUGUGUGUCAGUCCAGGUUCACCUGGGGCCUCCUCUCACUGCUGAACACCUGAUCUCAUCUACCUGCAUCAAAACUCUCAGUUUGAAGCAGGUUAUAAUCUUAAAAGUUAUCUUUUCAGAAGAGUUUGUACUACUUUUAAUUAUCAACUGUGAAAUUAUAUUUUGACAGUUUGUGACGUACACUAUGUCUAUAUCCUCUAAUGCUUCCUGGCCUCCUUGAGUCCAGUGAGGCCAUAAUAUACAAAAUGAACGUCAUACUGAAGAUAGAAAAAGGAUUUGAACGUGGAGAUUGAGGCAAGAAACUCAUUAGGAAAAUGUUGGGAUGCACGAUUAAUUACAUUUCAAUUACAGUCACGGUUUGGCCUUUUCAGGAUUACAGAAACAUGAUUUACAGCAAUUAUUCAUGUUUAAAAUGCAUGAUCUGCAUGUUUAGACCCUGGGUGGUAGUCUAUUAAAAAUAGAUCAGGAAAUAAUUACCCUAUUUAAAUUAGGUUGGGUUAUUAUGCUCUUUAUGUAGGCCAUAUUUUCCACCUUACAUAAAUGUUCACAAAUGACUUUAAUCUGCUCAACUCGCCUCUUAUCUGUUCUCUUCUCGACACACACAGAUGCACAGAGACUCAGCCUGCACCUCUUAUAGCAGCGUCUCCUGACUGCUUUGUAUGCCUUGUUAAAAAAACAUCAUUUUUGCAUUUAAUUAAGUUAUCCUAACUAGGGCUGCACGAUAUAUCGUUUGAGCAUCGUCAUCACGAUGUAUGUGUGUGCAAUAGUCACAUUGCAGAGCCUGCGAUGUCUGAGGUGAAUGAACUCAGUUAAUUUCAAGGGUAACUGACUGAGAUACACUGCAUGUGACUCUGCAUGUGCUUUGCAGCGAUCACCUUUGUCCUUUACUCGGUUGCCAAUCAGACUACACGGCCAGCUGUCAAUCAAAAUCAGAGAGGAGGAAACCCACUCCUGCACAUGUUCUGCACAUGGAGUGAGUCGCUGGCGCUACUGGAGUUGAGCCGAGAAACGCGUGUCCGCUGAGAAUUACUUUCGGAACAUUCUUCAUCACUGUUUAGCCCAACAAAUAAGAAUUGCAUGGGUUUUAAAUUGUACAUUUCCCUGGACCACUCUACUAUAAGCAGUGUGUGUUUUGUGAGGUGCAUGCAAUUCUCGGAGGACAUGCGUUUCUCAGCACAACCCUGGUAACAACAACAACAACAACAACAACGAUCGCAAACUGAGCAACAAAUAGAUAAAACCACAGAAGAUGAAGACUUGUUGCCAAAAAGAAAAGGAAAGUCAGUUAUCUGGAAUUAUUUCGGUUAAAAGAAGGAUGAUGUCGACCAAAACACGUGUUCUGUGUUCAUCUGUUUCCACAAUAAUGUCCCAGCACGAUAAAGACAAAAGCCAUUCUACAAACAUUCACAAAAAGAGGUAAGAUCAGUGCAGGUUAACUGUCCUCAAGAUUUCAGCAGUGCAGCAUAACAUUAAGUGCUAUUCAGGUCAUCUGGUGAAGAUUCCUGUAUUUUUUUAAUAUCGCAAUAAAUAUCGCAGGGUUGAAAAAAAUCGCAACGUUAGUUUUUUCCAAUAUCGUGCAGCCUUAAUCCUCACAACACAACAUUUGGUUCUAAUCUUGUAGUCACUAAGCCAUUCUGACAGGUGAUCUGUGUGUUGAUCGUUACAUGUCCUAACGGUUUAAAGCUUGGUGUGCAGAAGAACAUCUGCAGCAGUGCUGGUUCAGUGUAAGAGGACGAGGUGUGUGUUGGUAAAGCAGAGGGACAGAGUGAGCAGAAUGGAGGCUUAGGUGGCUUUGGCUCAGUGGUAGAGUCAGCUGUCCCCUAAUGGUAAGGCCGGGGUUUGAUCCCAGGUCCCGCUGUGUCUAUGCCCAAGUGUCCUUGGCUGUGCCAAGCGGUGCGUGAAUGGGAUUAGUCAGAAACUGAUGGGCUCUUUUCAUAGCAGCCUUUGCCAUCAGCGCGUGAAUGUGGUGUGAAUGAGGGAAUAUGACAUGUGGUAUAACGCGCUUUGAGUGGUUAGAAGACUAGAGAAAGUGUCAUAUAACCAUAGUCCACAGUCCAGUUAUUAAACGAACAUUUCAGAUGUUAGACAUUGCUGCAUUUAUAAGCAAUAAACAAACAAACAAAAAAAUCUAAAUAAAUCACUUUAGAUGCAAAGAAUCAAGAAAAUGUGAAGCUCUACCUUGUCAUGGCAAUAUGGCUUUGCUCAAGGAGCUUCCUGCCCUUCCGCACACAUACAUGAAAUGCUAUUAGCUGAGACAGGGAGGGCAGAUGUCAUGUUAAUGCAUGGAAGGCAGGCAGAGCAGCAGCUCAUGCUCCCAGGGAACAGAGCAGGGAUCAAUGACAAUACACAUGAAACUGGCAAAAUUAGGCACUGGUGUAAAAGGUGGUGUUGGGGUGGAAAUGGGUUGUAAGUUGGUGUGCAGAGAUACAGGCUUAAGCAAAAACAAAUGAGCCUCCUGAUGGCAAAGCAAAGCGCAGAAAAAUCCCAGUGGAGCAUUUACUUAAACUGAGAUGAGUACUUUGACAUGAGUGUCUUAAAUUGAGCUAAAUCAUGUAGCAAAAUUGAUCCUUAGCCUGGCUGGCCUGUAGGUUUUCCUAACAGUUUCUCAGAACUAACCAGCAUCCAUGGUGGCUAAUACACUUACUGGUGACAUGCAUCUCAAACAACCCAACUUCAAAAUAUUAAAAUAGCUUCUUUGGUUAUAGUUUGGGUUAUGAGCUCUGGAACAUCUGCAGAACUCAUAGGCCAGCUGGGGCUGAUUUAGACGAAAAUGUGUAAGAGAAAUCAUCUCUCAAAAAUGAGAUGCUGCAUCUCAGGGGGCUAUCCUGAAUAAACAGAAUUGAAUUGAGGUGUAACCCUAACCCCAAACCACAUCAUUGAGGUGUCUUCGUCCAACUUGCAGAAAUUUGAGUAGGUAUGAUUUCAGUCAGGGCAACAUGUUUCCAUGUAUUUUAAAAAUCCAGUUCCAGUCGGAAUAAUUCAACAAAUAAUUUUAAUGUACUCUGUGAGUGUCUCUGUGUGUGAGAGACAGAGUGUGGGCGAGUGUGUGUGUGUGUCUGAGUGUGUGGGCUUUAAUUAGCUGAACACAGCAGCAGGAGGGACCGUCUCCUUACUGAGCGCCUCCUCAACCAGCUGACAAAAAUCGCUGUGACAACGUCGUCUCUCUCCCCUCUCACCCUCUUCACAUCCCCCCCUCACCCAGCUCCACUCCCUCCAUCCAAACUAAACCACACCAUCCCUCUCCCACCUCUCCCUCUCUCUCUCUUUUUCCUUCUAACAGAAGUAGAGACACUGGGGAGCAGCUAUAUAAUCCAUACAGGCUGCUGGCUGUGUGUAAACAGCAGUCAAACAGCUUCAGGCUGAUAUUUAUCACUCAGAGAAUAAACUCCUCCUCCAUCUGCUUCCCAACACACACACACUCAUACACCCUGCAGGAGAGGCUGAUAAUUACUCAUUUUAAUCAAACACUGCUGUUUGUGUUUAUCCACACCUGAGGAAACAACAGGCAGAAAACAGGACACGAUGUUUGCCUGCUUUUCAUCAGUCUUGUCUGAAAUCUGUUCUCCAAGCCUCGCUCUUUAAACCUCCUUCAUUAGUAUUGGAGUCCUGCAACACUGUUCAUCUGAGAGCUCUGGAAACAUGAGAGAAAGGUCAAACUCCAGGAACCAGACCACCUUAAUCCUCUAUUUUCAUAAUAUCCCAAACUGUGUUUUCGCCUGAACGUCAGAGCCGGUCAUGUUUUAAUUGGAGUUCACACCCGAGCUGCUCCUCAGAGUGAAACAUGAGAGUGAUGGAGGCUCCACCCGGCUGCUCACAGAGCCUUUUGUUUGAGUCCGCAGCGCUGUAAUGGAGACCAGAUGUGCUCCAUGUUUUCACUGACACAAAUGAGCCAGAGCUUCAUUUCAAAAAUAUUUGUCUUACAAUAUUAAAUCCAGCAGGCGUGCGGAUUUACGGGCUGUUUGGUCCUGCGGAUUUUCUGCUGCCCGGGGUUCAGAUUCAGAGAAACUCAGAGAAGACUGCCUCAUACUGCUGGUUUCUGCUCGUUAACGCUCAUCUGGAUCAGUGUGGACCCUCAGAGUGUGCAUUAGCUUGUGUUUCGUUAGUGGACAUUCAGCAUCAUGGCCUCUGUGAGUGACAGAGAGCGACACGGCAGGAAAUGUAAUUUAUUCCUGUUUGUGUGAGGAGUCCUGACUGAUGUUUGUGAGAGUGACAGUGGAAAUCAACAAUAUGUGAUCAGUGUGACAACACAGCUGCAGGGUUUUUGUGUGUGUGUAUGUGUGUGUGCGGUAUCUGAGAAGUUUUGCUCACAGGCGUGUUCAUAUAAGCACAAAUCACUCACUGUCUAACAAGCUCUGUGUGAUAUAUGGAUAUACCUGAAGAGCUAAUGCUAAAGCUAAAGCUGUCUGGUAAACGUGAGACCCCUGAUGGAGACUCACUGAGGGUCAAUUUACAUGCUCAAAAUGCACAGUUUAAAACACACGGUGCAUAAUGAAAUAAAGGUGCAUCUGACUGUAUGUUGCCAGUUAAGUGCAGAAAAGUUGGAUUAAGUCCCUUGUUUGGGGGUAACAUAAAUUAAACCAAUCAAAAUGUCUGCUUUUAAUACCUUGAGUCAAGUGCAGCUUCAGGUAGGGGUGUUGCUCUGAACACACACAUUUUACUGCUGGGUCACAUGAAUGUAUUCUGCACUGAAUGCAUAAUGGAUAGAGCCUAUAUUACUGUCUAAGUGCGUGGUGGUUAAUGGUAUUUAUAGGCAGCAAGUCUGUUUGAAAGUUGUUAAAAAAUCCUGUAAUUGUGUGCAUGUGUGCGUGUACAUGUCAUGUCUGUUUCUGCAUGUGUUUGAAAGAGUACACAAAGGGAGAGAGUUUUUGACCCAUGCUUGCCUGAGGUAAAGUAGGUGUGUGAGGUGUCCUCUUCAUCUGGCAUCCCUAGAUCAGCCUUAUACUGUAUCAUGGAGUUGCUUUCAACAUGAUAGUCUAGAAUGAAGGUGAAAUAGCAACACAGUGGCACUGUUGUAAACUUCGUUUUGCUUUCACGCUGCACUUUGUCAAACAAAGCAACAACAUCACGCAAUUGUGGUGACUGGUUGUGGCGGUCUUGUCUCAUGCCAACACUUGCAAAGAAAAAGGAGAUGGAGUUGUUGCUAAAAUGUGUUUGACUGUCCAGUUUGUUCUUUACAUGAGACGAAUGGAUCCGUACCAAAGAUGUUGAGCCCUGACGAGAGCAAGAGAGUACAAUUGUCAUGAUAAUACAGACGCUGCGCUAGGCACUCAAACACAAAUGCACUGUGUCCUGCGACUUUCUGCCUUCGAUUUACAAGAUGGUCUCCUUUGCUUUCACAUGAACUGCCUGAAAGGUCACAUGGAAGCAAAUGUAGACCUCUGUUUUCAAGCAGACCAGAGUUCACCUGUUUUGUUCGCAUAACUCCAACAGAUUAGGGUUUGUUUAAGGUGGACCAAACAGUUGAAGGUGACCUAAGAGACAAAGAAAUGCUGUUGUCUUUGAGCCCUCUGUCCCAGUAAACACUCAAUGUCACUGUAUCAGCAGAUAAUACUCAUGAAUGAGAACUGUCGUACGUCACUGUUUGGAAAAAGCAAGAGGAAGCACAUCGUGAACUCUUAUGGCUGUCUUGCUGUCUCACUAAAGUGACCUCUAAGUAUGACGAAAGUACUGCGUCACUGACUUCAGAUCUCACACCAGGAUUUUGUUGGUCUAAGAUGCGUUCUCCUUCUUUGCGGUAGCAUCAUAUCACCUCUGCGCCUAACCACCUCAUUUUAGGACCAACCCCAACCCGUAGGUGCAAGUUCAUUUACUAUUUACGCAACGCAGACCCCUGACGUGCAAGGGACGACUGCGUCACAUGGAAAAUAAUGAUGCUUGGGCUGCAUGCCGAGAGUCUGGAUAUAUGAUCGAGCCCUGAGUGUGUGUGUGUGUGUGUGUCAGAUAAUUGGAGUGUUAAUAAGCACUCUGCAGUGAAAGAGAAAGCAGCUCUUGUCUUCACACUCGGAGGAUGUGUGUCAGAAUCAGUGUGUGUGAAGCAGCUCACACUGCACUCUGGUUGUUAGUGUAGCUUGCUGUUGCAGACGUAAUGAACGGAGUCAGUCAUGUCAGUGUGAGCUGUGUGUAGCUCUGACUGAUGUGUGAGCGCUGUGAAACACGAGCGAAGCAGAUACUUAGUGUAAAGAAAAGCAGAUAGCGGAGUGAUCGGUGUUUCUGAGGUUAUGGAACUGCUGCUCUAACUCUCUUUUUCACACACUCUCUCUUCUGUUCCCUCUUUGUUUUUCUGAAUAAAGCCCCCUCCUCCUCUACCUCCCCCUCCCUCAGACCUUUACAUAUCUCUGAUGUUUUCUGGGUUUUAUCUGAAACACAUCUCUUCUCUAAAUGUAGGUUAACAUUUUAAAGCCGUGUCCCAGAUCAGGGCUGCUCACAGAAACGCUGCCAGGAAACGCAGCUCCUUUUGUCUGAAUAUUAGAACAAACCCCAGUGUCCUCUACACAGCUCAUUGUCCCAUAAUCCAUUUCUGCUGUCAGCGGUUAGAUGGUGCAAUAAACUUGUAAAGCUGACACAGAUUCACAUGACAUUGGACUUCACUGCUUCCUGUGUGAAAACCUCUGUUAGUGGUGCCAGUUAUUAAAGGUGAAAGACGUGAUGUUCACUUCCAUGACAGACCAGACCCACACUCCAUUUACACUUAUGUCACAUCAUAAAACACACUUUACUCGGCUGAAACAAAAUGACAUUCACUCGAGAAAAAAAUAGAUGAAAGUGGUUGUCUAGAAGAGCUUUUGGUGAAUUUUAAAACAUUUAGGAUUAAAAGGACAUUAUUUGCAUUUUGACCUUUUAGCCUGCAUGAGAUCUACAGUCCUGCUGAUGCUGCAGUUUUAAUGCAGAUGGUCAUGUGGAUGUGCAUGUUUAGCCACCUUAAGGAUGAAAUGUUGCCACCCAUGCUUGCAAUAACCAGAAUUACUAUGUUAAUAAUAAAUAUUUUUGUAAAUGUCAGCCAAGGGUGGAGUCAGAUGAUGCAAACUGUCGUAAAAAGCCCCCGACUCUGGGAGUCAAGGAGCAUAUUCCCUCAGGAGAGAGUUUCCUCAUUCGUGGUGUAGUUUUCAAACCAUUUUAAAUGGAAAUGUGGAUCUAAAAUGUCAGAAACCAUGUACAUCAUUUGGAAAAAAAGGAAGUGAUUUCUUACCUGAAAAAAAUAGUUGUUUGAAAGCUCCAUCUGUUUAAAGGACAUAUUUUCAACUAAGAAAUGUCUUCUUAAAAGAGGCAAAAACUGCUUAUAUUUACAAGUACGGUUAAAGAGGUAGAGAAGGAAUAAAGCUGAAAGUUUUUAAUUGGCAAUUUUAAUUCUGUAAAGGUUUAUGAAAAGCAGAAUAGGAGAUGUCAGUCAGAUUUAUCUCUGUACAUGCAGAUGCCGUUAAAAUGUUGAAAUUAUUAAUAGACGGUUCUAGUUUUUGUGCAGCAGUGAUGAUUAAAUCCUUUGAAGGAUGCUCAAAUCUGGCAAAAAUAAUCAGGAUUAUUUUGGUAAAUAUUGAGAUCAGAAUUAUUCAACACCAUCUAUGCGACAUACAAUUACUGAACUUGAACACUUCCAGUAAACCUUCUGAACAUUUAAGAAACCAAAAAGUAAAGGAAAAAGUGCUCAGUACAUCAUCUUUGUUGUUAUGCACAAAUGAGGAGAGAGGCAGAGCACACUUGUUGUGGAAAAAUCGUUGUAAAAGAUAAAACAAAAGCAACAUAGAAACAGUUGUUUAAUCUCAAUCAAGUAAUUUUCAUGUUUAUAAGGAGCCAAAAUUGUAAUUAAAUUCAAUUUUAAUUAAUCGCCCAGCUCUACAGACAACUGAGGUGUGCAAAAAAAACGAUAAAGCCGUGAAACGUCUGUAUGCAGACAGUGUUGUACCCCUGCCCACUCACACACCAUGAAUGUUCCUGACUAUUUCUUGCUGCAUCCACACAUAACCCCACCCACCUCAGCUUCAACCUGACUCUCCACAUGGGGCUGCGGAGAAAGUCGGGAUAAAAUCAGGAAGAAAACAGUUCCUAAUUGUGUUCACACAUAAAGCUGACCUGGUCAGGAUAUUUCCAGAAGUUUGGGGCAUGUGUGAAAGAGGCUUUUGUGUCUUUCAGGGGGAAAGAAAGGAUGGUGUAAAGAAAUGCACUAACACGAAUAGUUAAAAAAUCUACUGUAGAUGUUCUUUGUACUGUUCACAGAUUUUUGGUUGUUUCACACAUUUCAAAAAACUGUGGCUCAAAACUUGACAAAAAAACUGAAAACAGUUAAGUACUCAAUCAAAACCUUACAGAUCUGUUGCUAAAAAAACAGCUAAAACCAUGUUCUCUUCUCUUCCCUUACAACAGAUUUUUUCUUCUACAGCGUCAAAUAAACACUGAUGCAAAAGAUUCAAACCCAAUCAUCAAAAAGUGUAAGCUUUGGCUUCUUAUGGCCCUGGUACAAAUCCAAAUGCAUACAGCUGUGCUAAAAUAAGUCUCUCUUUUUUUCCUCAUUAUGGUGAAGUGAAGGUCCUUUUUUAUCCUCAUUUACUAUUUAUAAUUGCUUUCUACAUUUACAUGCGACACAAAUGUUACAUAUUUUAUGUAGUCGGCAGCAAAACCCAGUAAUUUCACUUGUGUAAGUACAAGGAGGAACACUUUAUAGAAGAUUAGUCCAGAGUUCCAAAAGAUAACCAAUAUCUAUAUAUAUAUAUAUAUAUAUAUAUAUAUAUAUAUAUAUAUAUAUAUAUAUAUAUAUAUAUAUAUAUAUAUAUAUAGAGAGAGAGAGAGAGAGAGAGAGAGAAAUAAAAUGAAACCGAUCCCUCUGUGUUCUCCCUGUCUAAGCAGUGGGGUAACAAAUGCCCGGUGCAGCAGGUCCAUUCAACUACAUGGAUGUAUACAUCACUUGAGGCAUCUUUCACGCUGUGACUAAUGUGUCCUUCCAAUUGAGUUUGUACAGGUGGGACAUGAACAAGACUUAUUAGUAAUCAGGUUGUUGCGGUCUGAAGGCCAGUGCUUCGAGGUGAACAUAGGGCUGAUGGAUGCGGUCAGUGUUUAGAACUUUGCAAAACUGUGAUGCAGAUUGAUAUUUGAGUGAGACCAAGGACAGUUGAGUUGCUGAGGGUUCAGUGGUUUGGAGCCAUGUUGUUGAUACGUGAGCCUCAAGUUUGAAGAACUGAGUGCAUGACUCCAACGUUUGUUUGUUUAAAUGGGGAAAAAACUGUAAUCCUGCUUACACUGAUUUAGUAUUUGCUGACACUGACUGCCUAUAGUUCUGGUUUGAGAAAGAUAUACAAGUUAUUUAUGAUUUAUUAUUGCACAAUCUUUUUUAUGAAUGUGAUACAAUAGCUUUGUUUAUGUAUGGCCUGACUCAGUCCAUUUAGAAACCCUUUUAUUUUAAUAAGUCGCAGCUCUCUGGACCUCCUGAUUCGCUUUGUCUGUCAAUGAAAGUCAGGAAAGAAACAAUAUAUAAAUGAAAAGCAAAGCAAAUCACUAACGUUUGUCCUUUCACUACACCACUAUUGUUCUCUCCACUUACAGUUCACUGUGGUCUAAGAUAAAUGUCCUGAAAACAGCUGUUAUCUGCUGCUUUUGUAGUACAGUAGUAGUUAGUGUUGUCAGCUGUAAUGUAUAUUGUUGCUGUGCUAUUGUUUUAAAGACGCAGAAAAAGUCAAUACUUGGGGGUUAAUGAAUGAUAGUAUUGGUGCAGAGCAUUGACCGGUGAAUACUUGUCAAUAACCAAUAUGAUACUGUAGCCUGACCUGUAGGCGUUUCUAACCCUCCUGUGAGAAUCAGAGUGAAUCCACAGCUCUGCUUUUAAAUGCACCUGUGAUAUAUAAAAUUAGGAAUGUCCCAGUCAGCUGUUUUGGCCCCUGAUCCAAUUUCACCAUAUUGAGUGUCUGCUGAUAGAGAGUCUAGAUCUGUCCAUCUUGAAGAAACAAGAUUAAUAAAAAGUUUACCUGGCGUAUUCCACUUAACUCAGUCCAGUCGGUGUUGUUGUACAAAAUAUAACUCACCUGUCAUCUGUUUUAUGCUCUGCUAUAGGAGAUCCACCAAACUGGAGUGCAUGCAAUACCACACACUUCUACUGAAGGCAGUGCUGCUGUUAACGCAGCUCUCAAAAAAAUUCAUAAAUAAAUAAAAUAAAAUAAAAAUCCUGCAGGAUUCACAUGGGUGGCGCCCAGCUGCCAGGCCAUGAACAUAAAUAUUGGACGUUUACUCAUCUUUAUCCGUAUUAUUUUAAUUGGUUUUUCCACAAAUUGAAUUACAAUAUCAACUGACUUAGAUCACUCUAAACUGGAAAGCAGAAGAAUCAAUCCAGUGUGCUGUGAGGCUCAGCAAUUAUAUGAUACAAAUAUAAGAGCUCCAAAUUUCUGUCUCAAAACUUAGAGCAGUCACAUCAUGUUUUAGAUAACCUUGUAUGCUGUCACAAACAUUAGAGGAGCUGGUUUAGGGUACUUCUCUCCUCUACGCUGUAUGAUGGUGUUGGUCUGUCCCUCUUGUCUGCAUGUAGACUAGGACACUGGAAUAUUCUAUAUUUAAAAGUCUAUUUUAGGUCUUCUUCCAUCGUACCUACUAACCUGAAUCAGACAGAAGAGCAAAGGAUCUCAUAAUCUUGCUCCCAGAAUCUUGCCUUACCAUUUAUAACAAAGGUCAGUUAUCACAUCUCUGAGAUGGAGAAAAAGGCAUUUCAGUUUGCUGCUCUUUUUACUUAGAAUUAAUUAUUAAAGGACCUAAUACUCCAGGAUCUGGUCUAAUUGGAUACUUUUAGGGUGCUUUUGAAUAACUUGGGAGGCAGACUCAUCAAUCAAAUUUAUGAUUGUGAUCAAUUUCUUUUACUAUGUAGUCUGUGGUUUAAUGUACAAUAUUCACUUCUUGUGCUGUGUUUGUGUGCGCUGCUUUUGUUGGCCAGGACACUUGAAAAAUAUUUUUUCAUCUCAUUGGGUUUUCUUAUCCUGGUUAGAUAAAGGUUAGAUAAAAUAAGAUCCAUCUGUCUAAAGUCUGGAGUUUGUUGCCUCAGUACAGCAAACUGUCUCUGCUGCUUUGGUAAACUCUGUCUGGUUUUUAGAUGUUGUAUUAAAUUGGUAGUAUUAAAUGCACACAAACUGCUAUUGCCUCUUGAACUGAUGGUAUUUUAAACUCUGUAAGAGGCUUUUAGACUUUUUUUUUACUUCCUUGCUAAAAAUAGUACUGAUAUUUUGGUCAGCUAAUGUGAUGAACUGCAGGUUGGUAAAAGUUUUUGUGUUUUUGAACUGUGUUUGAAGAUUAUGGCUGCCAUAAGGUGGUUUUCUUUGCUUUUAUCAGUAGGUCCACCUGUGUACAUUUAUUUGUGCAACAGUGUCCAAGCCGUGGUUGGAAUUCAACAUCAAUGGACCCCACGGUCCUGUAUUUUUAUUUUCUCAAUGAAACUGUACAGUCAGGCAAAUCUAGAAGGUCUACCGCCAAUAAAUACACAGAUUAAUUCCAGAUUACAGUCUGAUAAUUGAGAUCAGAACUGGGAUAUCUUUGUAUAACUUUAUACUUUAGCGGAACUAACUUAGAAGAACAGAGGAAACACAUAACCACUGAUAACACAGGUUUGAUUUUAGAGUUUCCUCCUUGUUCUUGUUCUUCUUCGUCUUCCUGUAGGUCUCAGUAGAGGUGUGUUUUGUUGCAGAUGUUGUCUCCUUCCCUGUUAUUCAGUAUUUUUCUCACCAGCUGUCUCUCUCUUGUCUAUUCUUGGAUUCUGUACCUUGGUGCUCAUUCAGGCUGACAGGCUAACUGCAGGGUGCAACAGUUUAAUGCUACCUUUCUCCAACACUGAAAUCUACCUUGGCUUUGUCUGGGCUAAAUAGAGGCAUUUAGGAUCAAACUGGUCAUUAAAGGAGGAAGGAUGAGAAGCAUGCACUGCAUGACGAACUCACUGGUUCAGGCUGUAACAGACGAUUUUCUGUUACAGAUACCAGUAUCAUAACAUUUCUGAAAAUGAACACAAACACGUCCACUGUCUCAAUAUCAGUCAUCACUGUUGGUUUUAUAAAAUAUAUCUGAGCAAUAAUUGUGCCUGACAAGCAUUCACACCGAUACAGUGUGAGUUCCUGCUUCCACUGAAAGAGAGAGAAAAGCAAUGCCUAUGUCUGAAAAUGUCCACUACCAAUAAGAACAGUGAGUCAUGUUCUGCCCACUGUCCCAGUAUCAAUCACAGUUAGUACAGAGGGGGAACACUUAAAACCUUGACAAGCAUCUUUAAAAUCUUGAAGAAGCAUAAAAUAUGACAGGUUAGCACGUACUAGCAAGGCUAGCCUAGUUGUGAAUUAAGGAUGAGAUUUCCUUCAUAGAUUAAUGUAUUUAUUCCAAUACCGUUCUCAGGUCUAAAUAGGAUUAGUUAAUAUUGAUAGGCCCUUUAGACAGUAGCCUCUACCAUAAGUGUGUAUUUGGGGGGGUCUGACGGCAAACCCCUCUGUGGCGGGGCAUGGCGUGGCUCUGUGGAUUGCGGCUCGGUGGGGUGAAAAUAUACUGAUAUCAGCACAAGAAGGCAAUUACACACAAAUAUAAUAUUCAGCAAACUACUGGACAUUGAGUAACAUGGACGCUCUUCAAUCUUCCUGUCUCCAUCCUCCAGUGGGUUGGGCGAAUCCAAAAUGGUAUUAAUUAACAUGGAAAAAAAAUGGGGUCGACUAAUCAAAAUUUUGGUCGACUCAGCUCGUAUUGACCUAAAGGCCGACUGGUUGACCACGACUUUACAACCCUGGAGAGCAGUGAGUCAUCUUCUGCCCUCUGUCUCAAUAUCAAUAUCAGAGGGGAACACUUAAAACCUCGACGAGCAUCUUCAAGAUAUAACAGACAUAACAAAAUAUGACAGGCUAGCACGUACUAGCAAGAUUGGCCUAGUUGUAUGUCAUAGAUGAGAUUUCCUUCAAAGUUGAAUGUAUUUAUUCCAAAACCAUUCUCAGAUCUAAACGGGAUUCGAUAAUACUCAUGAGAACUUUAGACAGUAGCCUCUACCAUGAAUGUGGUGUAAAUGGGGUAAAUUAGACAUGUAAAAGCAUGUCGAAUGGUCAGAGGACGAGAGAAAGUGCUUUACAAACACAGUCCAUUCACCACUUACAGGGGAGACAGGUUUCAUUGUGAUCAGAGUACAUUCGCUGUAUCUCCGUCCUCUUUCUGUGUUUUGAACCUCUGUCUUUCUCUCUCACACCUGCAGUCGUGUCUCCAGCAGAGUGUGGCCUGCAGUCAUACACUGCUGGUCAUUUUCUGAUUGCAUCUCUUCAUUUCAAACCCCGAACACUUGGUUGCUCCUGUUCACAGAGUGACCUGCAGCUCUCUGACCCCCUGUUAAAGGCAACUGAAAAGGUCACCAACACUCAGAGGAAAACCUUUCCCCCUCAGGAGACCAGCAUCCUGACCUCAGGCCGAUACACUGAGAAGCUUAUUGGUCCGAUCAGGACCCACUUCGGCACAUUCACACCCAGACUAAUCAAAUUAUGGAGCUGAAAUGUCAGCGGCACAGCUGAAAUCCUGUUUGUGUGCCUGUGAUCUGCUUUCUUUUGAUUUUUCUCUCACACUGAGCCCAGCUCCAGGACAGACAGCAGAUUAAUCUCAGCCUGUGGACCGUCUCUUCUAUCACAGCAGACAGAUUCGUGUUGACAUGUCAGAGCUGGUCCGGGACCAUGCUUCAUCCAGAUCCACUGACGGAUCAGACCGUGGGGGUUUGUGUGUAAUCCAUGCUGCCCUCUGUAUGAUGGAUCCUCACGUUACUCUCUAUGAUGAAAGCAAACAGCAUAAAGUGGGUUCGAUGGUCAGGGUUGUGGGACGGCUGUCAGUGUUUCCUCUUGGGGAGGGAUUAGAGCUUCAGAGGAGGAGAGAGAUGAACCUGGAAUAUCUGCAGGCAGAGAUUACCUGGAUGGGAUUUAUUCAAAUGUGUGAAUGCAGUUUGAGAUAAAGACACGGUAAUCUGUGUCAUGUGACUGUAAAACCAUGUGAACACGCUAAAGACAUGGUUGCCUCCAGAUCCAUGAUGAAGAGUUACACACAUGAUGAAGCCAUCAAAGCUGUUUAUACAGGGAUCACCUCAGAGUGUGCCAGUGAUCAUUAUUCUGUUGUAUUGUCUCCAUCUCAUCCUCUCUGAUGCUACCUCUGAGCCUGCAGAGCUGCACAUGAUGCUGUGUCUCAGCACUGACUCUGCGUGUGUUUGUGUGCAGAGCAGCUUGUCUUUGUUGGUCGAGUCUGAAUCGUUUUCUCAGCUUCUGCUGUCUGCAGACAGAAGUGUUAACAGACAAAGUCCUUUUCAAAUCUCUGCCAAACAAGGAGAACUGAAAGAGAAACAUUUUAAUUGCAGGAGAAAGUUUGAAAUUUCAUGCCAAUUAUGGAAAAAGUUUGCUGUAAGAGGAGGUUGAUGAGACCUCUUUGGCAGAUUGAAUGUAAUGUAUAUAUUUUCAAUUGUCUUCUCAAAGGCAAUGAGGAUAAUGAACUGCAGGGUUGCAAUACAGCACUAAAGCACCCAUGAGCACUGCCUGCACACAAUUAUUUGCUCAUUGGUCCAUUCAUGAAGCCUAUUGCCCCGCACUGGAGUGUUUGCGACAGAUGACUCUGCAGAACAUGGUAGAAUUUUAACUUACAAGUACAACUCUGCCAAACAGUUCUGUUAUCACAAUGCCUUUGUACUUUCAUAUGGAACUCAACAACAGUGUUACACUGUGUGUACAGCCAUGUACACUUGUACAUGUACAUACAGAAAUCACUGCCUUUUCCCCCGUUAUGCUUCUGCUUUAUGCGCAGGCAGAAUGCAACUGGUCUAGUGGUAUUUUGGUAGACCGGCGGCGUAUCGGCAUACAUCACCGAUGCCUCACCGGCAGGUUUCCACAGUGUCAGGCACAUUUCAGUGCAAUAAGUAAUCAUCAUCAACUAUUAAUCUGAGUCAGCACAUAUAUUUAGAUCUAUAUAGAUAUAUUCUGAUCUAUAUCUGAUCUGAUGAGCCCGUUUGGCACGCGUUUGGACAUACAACCUGACCGAAACAACACAGCUGAAACCGCAUUAAAUUAAAUUAAAUAUCUAGUAAACAGACACACAUGAUGAAGUUAACUAGAUAUGUAAUUCGUCUCCCUCCUUUUCUUUCUUCCUCUUCCUCUUAUUUCUCGCACAGCUCGACCUGGACACGUCUCUGUGUCCUCUCUCCGUCCUGAAGCGGCUGAACAGAUGAUUUGUUUCAGUGCUCAGAUGAGUUAUCUACUUUAAGCCGACAUACGGAUAUUAUAAUAUUCAGUUUUGUGAGCCAAAUUUAUUUUAUAUGCCAACAUCUAUGAAAGAAAGAGCCAGGCCACGGAGCGCGAUGCGUCAUUUACGCACAGAUGGUUCCGAUUUUAAUGCCAUUAUUGGAGUUUAUGUUGUGAUCUGUGCGCUCAACCCACCUUUGUCACGUGAGUUUUGAAUAUGAGCAACUUUAUGUGAGUGUCUUUAUUUGUGGAAAAGGGUGUUUGUCUUACCAGUGGGUCCAACAUUACACACACCAAAUCCAUCUGUGCUUAUAUGAGACAGUGUGGAGGACGCCCAAUGCAGCGCUUACAGUGACACUUGUUGAGGAGCUGCCUUCUGUCGCAAUCGUGUGGCAUAACUGUCUUCAGACAUCUCUUGAUCUCUUUGACUACUUCAUGAAAAUAGUAAUACGCCUCGCCAGUGGCGGAUUUAAAGGCAAGGAGAGGAGCUUAUGUGAUUGGUGAAAACAGGUCUCGGCUGUGUUAAACCCACUCCACGCCCUCUCUCCUCCCUCGCUACGACUUACGCCGCUGGGAGGAGCUGAGUUAGGGAGGGGGGAUACUUACGCCGGGCUGCACCGCUCACCAAAAUAUCAAAUUGUGCUUGGGAACGCCAUGUUGGCGCGGCGGACCUGACUUACACCGCGCAUGCGCCGCGUCGCCGGCGAGGCACGAAAAUAGAGCCCUUUGACCCACCAUAACACAUUCAUGUGUUACACAUAACAGGCUCAUACAUGUCCCACCUUGAGAUAACAGUAUGCAGGAGCCUGACUUCCUAUUUUCACAGGAAUAGUCACGUCUUGGCAGCAGUGCACAGCUAGAGGUUGUAGUUACUGUGGUUAUUGUAAGACUAGUUUGUGCUCAAGUCCUCUUUUUUUUGUACAGCUCCAUUUUUAAAAGUAAUAAGGGGGUUCAUGUUUUCUAUGAUUGACACUUGAUACAGCCUAUGGGCGUACAAAGAUUGUGUAGCUCACCCGGGGAUAUGCUGUUUGAGCAGAGUGUCAUCACAUUGACUCUCCUCCCAAAUGCAUACAACGCUUCUGCGCCAGUGGUGGUUCCAGGAAGUGGAGAAAAUCUCGGAAAUACAGAGAGCAACUCAGCUUCAAAUUUGUAUGACGGAAGGCGGAACCAAGUCGCAUUUACCGUAUAUUAAUGUUUUUGGAUAAGAAAUACUCAUAGAUGGUCUCAAUGUUUUCAGCAUCUACAAAAGAUUAACAUAAAUCAACAAUGAAAAGGCAUCUUAUCCUGAUUUAAGGAUGUUGUUCUUUCUAUUCUGAGUUUGGCUGCACUCCGCUGUGCUACUCCUCAAACAAAGUGGAGCAAUUUGUGGCACUGUGAUAAUGUGCUUUUUUGAGUUUUAGUCAUGAGAUGUGAACUGGAGAAGCUAUGUGGCAGCACAAAAAGGUUUAACCAAACCCUAAGAGCAGAUGACACAAAGGGAACCUGACAAUGUAACUGAAGAGGAAAAAGAUCCAAAGAAAAGACUGUUAGAUGGAAAGUUGAAGUCAGGUCGAGUUUAGCUAAUCUCAUCAGAGCUGAAUGUUUGAAAAUGACCUUUAGAGAUCAUUAGAUAUUUAAUAAUGAAAGUUUUAGAUUUAUUGAGCAUUGAUUUUGUUUUUUGUUUUUUUGACGGUGAUCAUUGAUUGGGUUAUUAAUCUUGGGGUAAGUGGCCUAGCAAUUCAAGUAUCCACCCCACGUACAGUAUAGACGCUACAGCCCUUUUCGCAGUAGUUGUUGGUUCAACUCCAGGUCAUAACCCUCCACUUCCCAGCAUUUUCUUUCUUCCUUCAGCUGUGUCAUUUAAUAAAGGCAAAAGGACCAAAAAUCACUAUAAAGGCAGCAUGCCAAAGUCAACUGUUAGUAUUUUUUGGGACAGUUUGGUGGAACAGGACAUGAUCAAAUCAUGCAUAGACUGAGAAUUGAUCAUAUGACCACUGUGACAAGGGUUAUAACGAGUGUACAUGCAAAGUGAGUGUUAGACCUGUGGCACACGUCUCAUUCAAUUAGACACACCAGCAGGCAUCUCUCUCUCUCUCUCUCGCUCUCUCUCUCUCUGCACUUCUCUUCUCUCUGUUACCUGCAGAGCUGAGUCAGACACUACUCACCACAUAUUUGUGAGGGGGCAGACAGAGAGCGGGUUGACGGUCCAUUAGUUUAUGGAUCAAAAAUAGAAAAAUCUUUUCCAAACAAAACAGAUAAAUACAAAAGUGGUUGGCGGAUAUACUUUGGUGGCCGCCCAGGUUUGUGUGGGAAACCCUGAUACCUUAUUGAACAUCACAUAAACACUUCAGCUAGCCUGUAACUUAGUGUAGCUCUGAGGAGACUUGUGGUGAGAUUAUCUAGAUAAUCUAUCAUCUUGCAUCCAACCUGUUUUAACAUCCGUCUUCACCACAGACAGCUGAUGAGUCACAGUGAUACUAAGUCUGAUUAUAACUCCAGUGAUGUUGACAGGUUUUCAAUGAAGUGAACCCCAGGGACCCUAGGGGGGAGAUUUGAGUGGGUCCCUGGGAAAUUGAAUUGGUCCUUAGUAAAAUCUUUGUGUUGUUUAAGAUGUGUUAGAUGAUGGUGUGGUAUAAUAUGGUUAUGAUAAACAGCUGUUUUCACAUAUCCGACUUGUAGCUGAAACUAAAAGAAAAAAAUCUGUUAGUGUUUUUUGCAUAGCAUUUAAAAAUCAAAUAAAACUGUGGUAAUGCAGCAACAUAAACAGCUUCAAAGUCAAUUAUCAAAUAAAAUUUAGGUUAAUGUACCAAUGGAGAGCAAUAUAGGUUGACAUUUUUUUCACCUGCAUUUCCAACCCCUCUCCUCACUGCUUGUUUAGGAGAUGUGGAAUCUGUGAUAGUAGCUCAGGAGGUCCAAUAACCAGAAGGCUGGCGGUUCGAUCCCUGCCCUAUCCCUAGCCUGUCCAUUGUGUCCUUUGGCAAGACACUUAACCCACCUUGCUCCCAGUUUGUGUCCUCCAUUGGUGUAUGAUUGUGAGUGAUGUUUGUUGGUGUUUGGAGAGGGUGUAAACACAGAUUGGUAGCCACGUUUCUGUCAGUCUGCCCCAGGGCGGCUGUGACUACUAAAGUAGUUUACCACCACCAGGAUGUGACUAUGUGAGCGAAUGAAUGAUGUGUCCAAUGGAGAGCACUUUGAGGUCUCUGAUAAAAAGCUCUAUAAAAUAUGAUACAUUAUUAUUAUGAUUAGAAAUGGACAGGAGUGUCCUUUCACAUUCAGGUGCAAAUAUAACAUCCACUUCGCAGCCCUAGAUUAGAUGUACGUUUCCUCUUUGCCAUUAAAACCAAGUGUAGCCACAGCUAAACAAAGCUAAUAUGCACUCAAGCUGUGUUUUUUUUGUUAUACUAACAGCUAGUCACUUCUGCUAUUCACCUGCACAGACGUGUGUGAAGGAGAGGGAGACAGCUUGCUGCGGCAAAAAUGAUCCACAAUAAUGUGGCUUCUGUGGCUCUCUGUCCUGUACACAACUGUGCUACUGUUUGCACGGUGACACACUGUAAAUUUAUACAGGAUUAUUUUGUAUUGUGAGGUGAGAGAAUGAUUUUUAUGUGUCCUUUACGAUGUUAAUAAUUAGGGAUACAGAAUAUGUAUCCAGCAACAUCCCUGUGACUCUAAAGGGAAGUCAAAGCUCCUGCAAAUUCAGGUUUAGUCUUCUUCUGAGCCUGAAUGAGACAGUUAGGAAAGAAUCAAUGAGUGAGUGAAUGACGAUGAUAAAUGUAACGCUUCAGUAUCAUGUGACGUCUAGCUUGUCUCUGUUAGCUUCUGGUGUCCGCAUGCUGUCAGUGUCAGUGUGACGUUUGAACUCUGUGUCACCCUGAGUCGCAUCAAGUUCACAGUUUUCAACUUGACUUACACAGUCUUACUGAUAAAAUGUUAGCUUUCGUUAUCCUAUUCAGACCUGUCUGAAUGGACGUGUGUGUGUGUGUGUGUGUGUGUGUGUGUGUGUGUGUGUGUGUGUGUGUGUGUGUGUGUGUGUGUGUGCUGUCAGUUUGUGUCAAACUGCUCAGAGCAGAAUUGAAAUGAAGAGUAAACAGAGCUGAUGCUGGUUUAAGGUGAUCAUCCCCAUGGUGUGGAUUAGACUGUGUAUGUGUGUAUGCAUGUGUGCGUAUACCCAUGAUGCCCUGAGCAGUGACUCCCCUUGAUUUUGUAUUUGGGACAUAAAAAGGUCAAUAACACAUUCUAGACAUGGUGUCAGCCCAUCACACUGCGGCUAACCCACGCACUCAUUCACACACACACUCGUACACACAUGCACACACACACACACACACUGGCACAACAUCUUCCAGUCAGAGUCAAUCUUUAGCUGAUCUGGGGCCAGUUUGACCUAAUCACAUUACCCUGAUCAUUUAUGUCAGCUGACAUAACCUUAGCACAGAUUGCGUCAGCACACAAAUGCACAAAUAACUUAGCGUUAACAACCAUGUGGCUAAAAUGUCAGCCGUGUGGGAGUGUGCUAAACUAGCAAGUGAAUACAGUCUAAACUGCCAAUUGCAUUAUAUGCACGACUAUCGUUUUAUGAGACUGAAACAGUAGACUAUGAUUACUAGACUCUCUUUUAACCUAUUUCUAUAUCCAGAAUUUGUUUCAUUAAAUUUCAAGAUGUCAUCACAGCUCAUUUUAGUUUUUUAUUUUUAUUUUUACCCGUAAUUGAGCUGCAAGUGAGCUGUAUAUGGAGGAUGUUUGUCGUUAGCAACAGACUAAGAAGAGAAACAAAAAGAAAACAAUAGAAAAAUUCUUCUUCCUUAAAGAGAGGUGUCAGUCACAGAGCUGCAUACCUCUGGUGGUGUUCAAGUUAGCAUCUAACAGUCUUAUAUAAUCAUCCGAGUGUGUGUUUGAGUAUGUGUCAUGUGUCCUUGGCGUGCUGUUUGAUAUAGUCAGGUUCCUUAGAGUAAUGUGAAGCUGUCAGUGUGACAUUGUUCUGAACUCUGUCCAAGAUUAGAAACCAGAGAAAAGGCACACACAGUUACAGGCAGAAAAACCUGACAACAGCCAUUAAAAGCCUGUAAUCAUACUCUGCUCAUUUUCACCUCCAGGUAUACUUUAAAAAGAUAGCAGCCAUGACAAAAAAAAACAAGAUAUUUUUAAAUGUCAGAAUGAACGUAUGAUAACAUGUUCCUGUCAGAUCUUUUCUGUCAAACAGAAACAAUAAAAAGAAGCAUAUUAUUCACUGUUCAAUGUUAGACUUUCCAAAAUCAAAGAAAGCAUCUCUAACCUCUUAAGUGGUCAACUCUGGGCUUUCAAAAAUAAGAUAUGUUGUGAACCCUUCCAGCAAAGUUAAAACAAUAUUAAUGUGGUGAUAGAUGCUGUGAUUUUUUUGUCAAACUGAGAAAGAUUAAAGGAUCCACAGGCUGUUGGUCCUCCUGUGUACUCCCUGAAAACAGAGUCUAUCUCUGCAGUGAAACUGAGCUGGGCCUGUUUAUCUACUGUGAUUUUAAACCUCAGUUAAAAUCUUUGGGAUGGCAGCAGCAAAUUGAAACAAGGAUUGGGCUUUAUUUCCCUCUAUUUGCUUUAACUAAAGGUCUGAUGCACAAAGUGAAGUUGUGCUGAUGAAAUGUAAGAACAAACACCCACUUAGUUUUCUGCAGCUUGGUGCAGUUUGCUCUUGUGUUGUGUCUGAUUGUGGCUAAGAUGAGCUGUGAGCAUCUCCAUCUGAUCCUGGGCUUGUGGACUAAUAGGUGUCUGGCCAAUCAAAUGAACCAGAUUAUGUGUCUAGGUUUGGAUUGAGCCUAUUUUGAGGAAACAAGAAGAACACUUUCAGCUUUCUAUGCGGACACUUUUCUAUUAAAUCCCUAGCAGGUGACAACCUUUGAAAAGAGCUUGAAAAAUGGGCAAAAAUCUCAAAACGCCAAUUUUCAAACCAAAAUGGCCGACCUCUGGUUGGGUGUGGCCCAUGGGUCCAAGACACUUUUUGUUCGUCUUGGGGCCUUUAUAAGUGUUCUUGAUUCCAUAAGUUUGGGUCACACACUGGAGAAGGGCUCACAUUUAGAAUUUUGUAGGGGGCACUAUGGAGCCAUUUUUGGUUGGAUCUCAAUUUUGACAUUGGAGCCUGGAGGGUGCCUGAGAAGACACCCUCCAGGUCAACAAAUUGACAUUUUAAGGUGGAAAAUUAGUGAUACAUGAUGAAUUCAUGUGGUUAUACCUCUUCCAAAGACUCAGAACAAGCAGGACAAGCAUCAUGAGGACCAUCAAAAUUAGCCUGAUGAUAUUCAGUGUUAGAGAUGAGUUACCUGGAAAUAAAGAGAUAUAAAUGAGACACCAUAUGACGGGAUUAGAUCUAUACAUUACUUUUCCACUUGAUGAUAGUCAGUCAAUCUUGCAGUCAGAGUCUGCCAUGAAGGACAGGGUAUCUGCACAAUUUUCUUUUUGAACAUUUAAGACUUUUAAAGACCUUUUAAAGACCAGUGAAUCUUGAGUUUUGUAAUGGGACAGUAAUAUGCCUUCUCUUUUCCAUACUGAACAGCUACUCAAAUUCAACUAGAGAGUUUGACUAGAACUACUAGUCUUGACUCAGUUGGCAUCUUAAGUCUCAUACGAAGAUAAGCUAAGAAUAACUUUUUUUAUCCCUGAAGGGGAAUUCAAUUGUCUGUAGUCUCAUUUGUCAUGUCUCAAAAAGUCGUCUACUAUUUACAGAAGAAUUAUAAAGUCUGAUGGCUGUGGGUACAAAAGAUCUUCUCAAUCUGUCUGUCCUGCAGUGAAGAGAGAGGAGCCCUCCACCACCAUUGGCUCUUUGGUCCAUCAAGGUGUUAUGAAGUGAUGAUACAUGUUCUGUAAAAUAUGUGAUGUACUGUCUUCAACUUAUCCUCCACAACAGUCAGACAAACUGUGGAGUCAUGACGUCCUCCUCCAUUUUGGGCAAGACAAUCAUAAUUCCAACUGUCUUUUUCUAUUGCGACAAUUCACAGUGGUUAUCCCAAGAUCCUAUAGAAAUGCUGGUUUGGACAAAGACCCAAAGUAAAGAUGGGAUCAGACUGAGCCCCAUCUUGUAUGAUCAGACUUACUCACAUCCCAUCUUCAACCACUUGAGUGAAAGGCUUUGCAGCAUUUAGAGAGUUACAGUGGAGAGGAAGAACUUUCUUGAACAGACAGAAACCUGGAGCAAAACCCUUUAACACCCUCAUUUUAGACAGUCAUCUGCUGAGACUGCCUUUGGUUUAGAGAGAGAGAAGCAGAAAGAGAGACAUGGACAGAGGUGAGACAGUGAGAUGCAUGUAGCUGAAGCAGCUGGAGAGCAGGCAGGACGAUGGCAGCAAAACGUCUGCAGCAGUGAUCCAGAGGAACCCAAGGCAUGAUAGAGCUCAGGGACUCCCAGAACAGACUGUAUUAGUGGCUCUAAUGGGACACGAUGAUUUAAAGUUAAUGCCACAGAUUGAAGGAGGAUAAAGAAGGAGGGAAAGGAGCUCAAUGUGCCAGUACCCCAGCAGUCUAACCCAACAGCAGCAGAACUCAGAGUUUGCGCAGGCUUCAACCAGCUCAAACAAUAAGCUUUAAAAAAAAAAGAACAUUUUAAGUACACAAUCAAGUUUUUUUCCAGGUAAAAAAAAAUGUAAUUCGAAAAAAAAAGUUACCCGCGACAGUCAAAGUCACUCCUGGUUCUCUGGUAUGACUUCGAGCCCAUUGGUUUGUUUGGUUUGUUGUGAAUCUGAACUUGUACUCAGCUGUGUCGCUCUCGCUGAGGUCUUUGAUUCUCAAAGUGCAGUCAUUCUCUGUACAAUAAUACUCAACGCGAUCUGCAUAGUCAGGGUUUGUUCUCAGAUCUACUAAUAGGCUUCCAUUCAUUUUAGUAAACCAGAGUGUUUCUUCAAGCUCAAAAACUUUGGAUGGAUAUGUGUAGGUGCACGGUAUGUCCACUGUUGAUCCUUUAAAGGCACAGAUCUGAGUCUUAGGGUAAGUCACCUUCCAGCCAUUUGAACCACUGAAACACAACGGACAUCAGAAAAGUCUAUAAGGAUCAUUAAACAGAGGACAGACUCAACAAGUAUCUGACCAUUUCUUUUUCUUUUACAUUGAAACCUGCUGCAGGACUCAAAACCAAACCAUACUUGGUUGUAAAGCUUCUGACCUCAAACUUAUUUGACGCAGAUGAAUCUGAAAUGUUUUUUCAACUGUGGUUCAUGACUUCUAUGGUUUUAUCUCUGCAUUUAGCAAAUGUAACCACAUGAGUGUAAGUCCAUCUCCUCAGGGUGUCGAGUGUUGGCGUUUCCGGGCCAAUUUGUGGUCUGACUGGUGCAGAGUAUCAACAAACUAAAGACCACAAAUUACUGAAAUUACUGACACCAUCACUCUGAAAUGACUGAAUCCUUUAGAUAUACCAACAACAGCUCCAUUUUCGAAUGUUUAACUUCAAACCUCUUAAACAUUUCUUAAACAUUAAGUCGCGAUGAGUGUACACUUGAGGAGUCUUCUCUUACAUGUGAUAUAAAUGAAUCCUGUCCAGAGUAUGAGCAAUAAAAGCUUGAGAAUAUACAGUACCUGAUACAGAGAGAAGAAAGAGGAUCAAUUCACUCACUGCAGCUUUCAAACUCAUAGCUGCUCUUCUCAUCCCUGUUUGACUAAAGAGCAAAGAAAUGUCACCAGGAAGAGGACAAUAAUAAAUAAAUAUCAAUCAUAUCAAUAAAUAAUUCCAUUUACUGCAGGGAGAAGAUGUUGACUCUCCUCUGUGGUCUUCAACAGGAAGAAGUCUAGCUGUGAAACUGGUCCACCUUCCUUCUUCUUCUUCAUCUCAUUGAAACAGUGAUGUCAUCUGAGGAGGAGUGCACUUUCAAUGUAUGGCUCUGAGGAUGUUAGAUGAGUGAGGCUGGGACACAUUUAUCAAAUAAAAUCAGUGAAGUGAACAUCAAAUGGUAACUAUUGCAAAGGCGGAAUGAAAAUAGACAAAAGUUCUUAAAUAUUUGAGCAUGCAGUGAAAAAAUAAGUUAAUGCAGCAGCUGUACCAGGUGACGGUACAACAUAUGGACGUAAGUUUCUGGCAGAGGUGGAACCAGUGUAUGGGAAGUUAUUCAGGAAACUCCUGAGCAUGAAUACUGUAGGGUGCGCUAGUGAGUCAUUUUUUUUGUCAUUUAUGUACGGCUCAAGCAAAAUACGCGAAUUUGGGAUGGACCCAGCCCGCCUGCCAAAUUUCAUGAGUUUUUGAGCAUGUCUAGGGGGUUUUAAAGUUAAAAAAAGUUUUAAUAAUACUAAUACUAAUAAUAAUCAUCAUAAUAAUAAUAAUAAUAAUAGAUAAUUCCUGCAAUUUCAAUAGGACUCUCUCCUGCUGCUUGCAGCAUUGGCUCGGGCGCUAAUAACAAUGACUGACUGGACAUGGUUCAUCUCUUUUUAUUCUGCUGCUCUGUGGUCUGUUAAAAGAGCUGACCUAAGAGACAUUACUGUAACAACUAUUCCCGCCAUUAGACUGAGACACUUACAGAGUCAUUAUGCUGACCACUGAGUGAACCUGCACACAUCAAUACAGGGAAAGAUUGAAACACCCACCUAUCUGUUGGCUGAGCAUAUGCAAAUCUGGUGGCUAAGCUACAGAGAAGGUUAAGAUUACUAACACUAGCACUAUGGAGCCAUGCCUGUAUUGUAUCUCCCUUAUUUGUAUCUCACACCUAAAGAUAUACAUGUUCAAGUCUCUCUCCCUUCCUCUCUCUCCUGCAAAAAAGCCGAAGCAAAAUCGGAGGUAGAAACAAGAUGACUACAUCUACAAAAGUUAUUUUAGCACUUGCCUUGUCCGAAUAUAACAAGGACAAGGCAAAAAUAACUAAAAUAACUUUUGUAGAUGUAGUCAUCUUGUUUCCACCUCCAAUUUUGAGUUACAUUCCAAUUUUUUUGACUUCCGAGGUAACUCGAACGCUCAUUAUUCUUGCAUCUCUUAGCAUUUAAAACUUAUUCCAACAUUUACACACAGAUAUCUAAACUAAUACCUUUUCGUGAAAGCUCCUGUGAGGAGGCUACUAUCUCUUCCUAUUGAUCAAGGCACCAUGAAAAAGUGAAAAGUUUUUAUGUUUUCAGGACAACAACCCCCACAUUGCUUGUGCUCAGAACUUCACAGAAAACUCCUUUCUGAAAGGGGGCCAGUACGAGCAAGGGAUGAAACUCGUGCUGCGUUCCAGAAGUUGGAUGUUGGUGCUAGGAAUGACGUUACACCUGAGUUGAUGGUGUUCGGGUAACCUAGUCUAAAAACCAAGAUAGGUGUCUGCUGUUGUCAGCUGCUUUUAGCUGUUGUUAGCUGCUUUUAGCUAUUGUUAGCUAUACCAGCUGAAAACAGCACAUAAUACGGUAUUUCACCCAUACGAACACCAAAGCACCAUGUCCACGGUUAGAUAUAAGGCAGUACAACAUAUAACACUUACUUAAUUUCACAAAAACAAAACAGAAGUGCUAAUAAAUUAUACGUUAUGAGAGCUUUGACUCUUUACUGUUGAUGCACUGUGCUACCAUCUUGGAUUAUGACGUUGUUGUCAAGUCGGGGUUGGUGAGGAUCGUCUGACUUUCCAUGUAGGAAGUCUGACUUCGGGGGGGAUUCUAGAUGAAUUUCCGACCGGGAAUUCGGAAAAUCCUAUUUCUAAGUAUAGAUGAAAUGCAGGAUAAGACUCAGAAUCGUAAGCUUUCAGGACAAAAAUAAUGGCAGCUAACGUAAUAAAAGCUAAUAUACGCUGAUGGGGCUGUGUAAAAAGUAACACCCACAAGCUUCAUCUACUUAUUUAUUACAGGAAAAGCAGCCAAAAUGUAGGGUAUAUGCUAUAAAGCAGUUUUUUAAAAUUAUUAUUUUAUUUAUUUAUUUGUUUUUUAAAACUAACGUCAGUUCAAGUUAAAACGGGAGUUUAUUUAAGCUGCAAAUUAUAUAGCACUGCUCAUGGGUGUCAAAGACUCACACUGUGAUGCAUUCAAGAGAUACUGUUAAUGUUAGUUUGCGUCAUUGAGCAACAUGUUCCCAACACUACCAGCCUAAAUUAAUUAAACAAUAAUACAUAAAAAAAUCAAAUUUACAAGUUUCUCCAGCAGGUCAUGUGACACACGACAAAGGUAACCUCGGAAAAAAACUGAGUAAAAGGUGUGUGAAGAGGGAGAGGAAUGUUUACAGUGUCUGUACUUACACGAACAUGUGUUUGUCUGCUGCAGUGAAGACGCUCAGGUUAGCUUUGUAUCUGAGAUCAGUAUGGAGUCUGUGUGCUGAUGUCAGAGCGCAGAGACUAGAGGAGAGGGAACAAGCAGAAAAGAAAGCAAAGAAACGAUAUAUUAAAGGAGAUAAAGACACCACCCCCACCUCCAGCUAUAACACCUCUGCAGUGCUGGCACACUCCCACCUGUUCUGCAGGAGGACCACUGCUGGAAAACACAAACACACACACACACACACACACACACACACACACACACACACACACACACACACACACACACACACACACACACACACACACACACACACACACACACAGUGACACCUGCAGUCUGGUGCUCUGCAGGUAACACAUCACUUUGUUCAUGCUCUGCACACUGCAGGUCCACAGCACAAACACUACCUGGUUUUGUGUGCGUGUGUGUGUGUGUAUGUGUGUUAUCUUUAGGGAUUGGUAGCAGUAAUGGGCCUCAUUAAUCAUUCAGCAGAGCAAUGAAUCUGUAUAAAAUCAUUGAGAUGCAUGGUUAGAGAAAAUGCUUCAGCAGCACCUUGGUCCUGAGCUCACAGUGUGUGUCUGUGUCUCACUUUGCUUUUAUUAAACUUUCAUUGUUAAAUGUUUAAUGCAUCAAGAGCAACAGCAGCAGCAAACACUGCCCACCCAGGGCGUCAGCAUACAUUAAGACCCCCUCCACCUGCUGGUCAUCUGUAAAUGCAUCUUCAUCUUCUGCCCUCAUGGCCACGUGGGAGGAGCUGGCAGCGGUCCAGACUUUUCCCCCUCUCAAACAGGAACAUGCACACACACACACACACACACACACACACACACACACACACACAUGCGUGCCGCCUUUAAGUCCUGUCAGCAGCUGCUUUCAUUGAUCUCUUUCUGCUGACUGGUGGGGAGGUUUGUGUUGCAGGUGAACUGAUCAAGCAUCAGAGGCAUUUUUAAAAAGCUGCGUUUAUACAGAGUCUUCCUGCUCAGAAGAUGACACUCAUAAACGCGCACCCCUGGGAACUGCCCACUUCAGCCCCAGUCUGACCUGCUGGCCUCUGGUCAGCUCUGUGCAGUUAAGGGUCAGUUCGGGUGGGGGUCUCCCUCAUUUAAACCCACUCUCCCACUGUACUCCCUUCUUGUUUCUUCCCAAUUAUCUCCCAAUUUCCUGUUGAUACCAGUCCAGAUCAUACCUGCCAGAUUUUUGCAGGUAGUUUUGUAAUUAAAUUGCUCAUUUAAAUAACUAAGUGAAGCUUCACACUAUUUUGUUUUGUUUUAACAAUAACAAAUUGUAAUAAAAACAUAAUAGCUACGAUAUGCCUUAAACUUUUUAGUCCUCAUAUGUUUUACAUGCUCUCCUGUGUGUGCAACUCAGCACUCUUGUAUCUGAGGUUGCUGACCGCUUCACUCUGAGACGGUACAAGACUAUCAACGUAAAUAUUAUAUCUCACGUUUGUUUCCCUUUCACUGAAAUGUUCAUUAUGCAACAAACACUGCUUAAAUAUAGUUUACAUCUUAAACCGACCUGAAUAAUCCCAAAUUGUUCAGUAAAAGUAUCAAUUCCAGUGUCUGUGAGGCUCAGCAGAAACACAGGACAAUCUUCGGUUGUCUGGAAACCUGGCAACUUUGGUCAAAUAUAGUGAUCUAAUUCAUGAAUGAACCAUGCAAACUAUUCUCGGGACCAUUCCCAGGAGAAAUGACAAUACGGGAGGUGGGCGGGAGAUAGGUCUGAAAUACGGGAGAGUCCCUGGAAAAACAGGUAUGUGUGUCGGCAGGUAUGGUCCGGAUGGGUGUUCCUAACCCUCCAUCAAGAAUAUUGGUUACAAGGCAAUCAACUAAAUCAAAAGAAAUUAGAAUAUUUAUUUAUUAACCCUAGUAAAAAAUCAUAGUAGAUAGGGUUUUCUAGUAUACGCCAAUUUUCCAAUACCUCAGGAAAUCUCCUUUUUCAGAAUGUUGGCAGGUAUGCUGUGGAGAGGUAUUGAAGGGAUUUAAUUGCUUAAUUUGUGCAACACCAAUUUCAAAAAGGUCAGAGCUUUGUGUGGAAGUGUUAAUAACAGAUUUUCAUGGUUUACAAACCAUUAAGACUCUAUAUGCUUAAUAGAAAAAAAAUUGUGCAAAGACAACAAACCUCAUAAUGCAGUACAGCAUUAAAAAAAGACAGGACUCUUUAGUGGGAAUCACUGCAUGGACUCAGGACUGCUUCCACACUUCAUUGUCUGUGAAAACAAUUUUUUAUCGCAUGGACAAAUGCAGGUUAAAACAGUAACAUGCAAAGAGGAAACCUGAUAUAAACAUGAUCCAGAAAUGAGGAGGACUUCUCUGGCCCUGAAGUUGGACACUCUUUUUGGAAACGAUGGACGCUACAAUGUCUGUUUAAUAUGGAGAUGGACCACCAUGUUAUUAGUAUACAGUUCAAAGGACAGCAUGUGAUGGUUUGGGGUAUCUGUGUGUGAUAGCUGUGUAUUACUCAGGUUCAACACAUCAUUAUACAAAGAGAACCACAUUUUUCACUGUAGUAGGUUACUAUAAAAUGAGAAUACUAAACAUCAGUGUUGAUACAGAACAUCACCUUGGAACAAAAACAGCCCUCCUGUCUUGUCACUGCUCUCUCUCCCUCUCGCUCUCUUUCUUUCUUUCUCUCUCUCUCUGUGAUUAGCCGACAUGCAAAUUUUCUGAAUUUUAAGUGUUUAUCUGGUUGUUGUUUGCAGCGGAGGAAGCAGCUCCCUCAUUAUCACCAAACACACCAACAAUGAUCAAAGCGGAGCGUCAGCAGGCCGACACUCGCUCAGGGAGGAAUCCCGCACCUCUUCAGAGGCCUCUAUCUCUUAUUUUUAGUGAAAUCAUUUAACUGUGAGUCCUAACAGAGUCACUGGAGUGUUUCUGAGUCAUUCUCUGUCUCUCCAGUGACUCGCCCAGCAGUCCUUUGAUUUCUGUUUUCACUUUAAGUGCCGCUGUUUGUCUGAAAUAGUGAUUUUCAUUUAGCGCUCUGCUGCUAAUGACCGCAUAAAGCUUUAUGGGGAUUAAAGGUUUUCCAUAACUUCUCAAAGAUGCUUCGCUGAAACUGAAUGAAACUCAUUUGAUUGCAAGAGGACAAAGCACAAGACAGACCUUUUUAUGUCAAGUGUUUUGGCACUGAAAUCUUACAAAGUCUCCUUUUCAUAAGGAGGUUUUUCAAUAUUUGAACUCUAUCUGCCUUACUGAAGUUUUUUAUUGCAUCUAUCUUAUCAAAUAAAUGUACAUGAUGAAAAGAGAUUUUCAUUAGGGAGUGGUCUAACAUGUUGUUCUGCUGUAUUCAGGAUGACACAUGGAUUUAAUGAAGGAGACAGACUGAAUGUUUCUUCACUUCAUUAAAUAAGUUAAAUAAAUGAGCCAUCUGAAGUUUACUGAUGUUUGAAAUAUUUCAUGCACCCUCUUAAAUUAUGAUGGCUACAGUUUAAAGCUUCAGUCUGAUGACUGAUAGUCUCUGCUGCUGAACGGUUGUCAGCACUUGUUGAUGAAUGAUCUCCACAGUCAGUGUUGCUGUGUUCAUUAUUAAACAGGCAGAGAGUUGAUGACUCACACUGGUGGGUUAAACUGAGACACUUGUUUUAGACAGAUCUGAUCACUGUCUUCACACGUAACUAAACAAGCAAGACAUCAAACCAAAGGUUAGACCGUGGUGUGAAAACUUGUUGAAUCCCUACUGAGCAAAUACUCCUGAAAAAUACUAGAAACUUUCAGGAGUUUUGAAUUAGACUAUAAAAUGACUGAAUUAGUCCAUAAAAGCAAGAGUGUAAUAGUGACAAUAUAAUUUGUUUGUAUCAAUGCUAAGUGUAAACAGGCAGAUUUGCAGAUCAGUGAAAUAGUCCCUCUUCCUCAACCUCAGAUGUUUUAUUCACCAUGUUACUUUCCACUCUUCCAGGUUCACACCAGUCAUAUUAUUUAAACAUUAUCAUCACUGCCCACUUUCUCAUUUUCACCAGAUAUUUCCUUCUGUGUUCACACAUUGGCUCGUCCUAACCUCCUGUGGAAACUUUACUACAGAGUUGAGACAGAAAAGACCUAUUGAAAUUUUAGGCUGUUUGUGUUCACACAUGUAGCUGACCAUGUUAGACCCACGCUUCAAAAUACAGCAUUCUCAAUACCUGUAAUUUUAUUGUCUGCACAAUGCAGGGCCCUUUUGUCAUGUUAGAGGUAACAAUAACUUGUUAAGGCUCCUGUAAGAAACUUUUAGAUACAAACAUUGCAAUGUGAAAAAAGUUAGUUUUAUCUUUGAUGCUCUUGCUUGCUUUAGUACAUCAUAACAAAAGCCUCAAUAUGAAUUUUAGUUUGUUUCAUUAACAUAAAAAAAGCUACCCACAGGAGCUUUGGCAUGCAAAAUGUAACCCUUUUUAAUAAAGAAAAUGAUGACAGCUUUUAUCACUCAGCAGCCAAAAACAUAAAAAGAUGCUCACCAUUUCUAAAGAUUGCAACAUAAUCAAACAUAAGUCUAUAAUAAAUAUUAAAAGUGUAAUGAGAAUAAGUUCAAUUGACAGUGGAAUCACCGCCUGGUCUUUUGGAUACAUGUCCCAGUACCCCUAGCACACUCUAUAGACUGUGGCCAGGUUUUCAGUACAACUAGGGCUGCCCUCUUUUUACAGGGUUAAAAGGAUAGAUCAUGAUGGUAUCAUACAAUAAAGAGUUAACCUGUUUCAUGGCAGGUUAUGUUGAUUUCAGAUUAUGUUUAGUUUAAGCAAUUUGCUUGAUUUUUGAGCUCCAAGAACAUACUGUGUGGGGAGCAAGGGAAAAACCAACAAGACAUGCCCACCUGCAUGACUUCACAUGUAAGAAAUAUAACAUAGUAAUCAUUGUGCUUUCGUGCCGUCCUUCAACAUAAACCAACACUAGAGAUGUUAGAUGUAAAAUAACUUGUUUUUAUUGCUCUAAAUCAUUUUCCCAUUUUUAGAUGUUUCAUCUUGAUAUCACUCCCUGUAACAUUGUCAGGACUGCAGCUAAAAUAUUAUAUCUAAAACUGUCAUACAUGCCAACAAAUCUCUUUGAGGGGAAAAAUGGGAGUUAUUAUUGUGGGAUUUUCUGCACACUGAUGGUGGGAAAAUAGGCCUAUUGACAGUCUGAAUUUGUGCAUUUACUGCAAACCUUUUUUCAUAUCCUGCAGUUCUUUCCUCAUUUUGAAAACACAGCUGUGUUGAUGUGAGUCUGGAUUAUCUUCAUCUUCUUCAUAUUUCAUUCAUAUAAUUUUCUUUGUGCAUGAAGAAUCUGAUGAUGUGCAGACAGGAAACUCAUUCAUAACUGUGACUGGUCAUAUGAAAACCAUUUGUUGAGCCUGCUUCAUAGUGAAGGCCCCUGUAGUUAAACAAUAAACUACUGAACAGCCUGCAGAUAUAACUCUGUGUAAAAAGCUUCAUGCAGCCUUACCAGCUGAGCAAGGUGACCCCAGAGUUAGUGUUUGGAGGUGAAGUUGGUUGUUUCUCUCUGCAGUGAGAUAAACAGUUAAGUUUGAGGAAGUUUCAUUAUCUCAGUUUCUGUCAUCUGUCUGAGGCACAGCAGGGCUGAACAGCUGGUUUGAUUCCCUCCUGCCUCUGUGCAGUGGUUGAUGUCUCAGGUGUGUGUAAACUCUCCUGUAUGGUAGAUGUUUUUUGCUGUUGUAUUUGCCCACAGCAUUGUUUCGAGCUGUGAGCAGCGUCAUGAAGAAACUUAAGCUACUGUAGCUGUAUGGAAAUUGAUCACCCGCUUGUUAUUUUAUGAAAGAAAAUGAGUGACAAUUGAGAGAGAGGAAGGAAGGACAGUUUCUCUCAUGUAAUUACAUGAAGGGGAAAAAAUCUGAAGAAUUUCACACUUCUCCAACAUUCGAGUGCACACAUUUCUCUGAAAAGCUGUGAGGUUCUGUAAAUAAUUUAUAAAAGCAUCUGAGGUCAGUGCUCUCUCAUCCUGACAACCCUGCGAGCUGUUCCCACUUGCUCUUCCUCCCUCCUCUAUACCUGCUUCUCUCCACCAAUAUCCCCUCUUUUUGUGUCCCUUUUAAGGCUAAAAGAGGAACAAGAAUAUCACCUUUACAGUCCAAUUUCAUAUUUUAGUAUUUUAAGACUUACAUUUCUUUCUCCAGAACACUACUUUACAAUAAACACAAAAGCAGACUUUUUUGUGAAUUUCUCGUUCUGACUGUUGAACCUGUAAUGACCAUCUCACCUUAACAAAUUCGUUGACAAUUUUUGAGUGUCACUCCCUUUGUUUCCUGUCAUAUGUUGUACAUUUUUUAAAAAAGUGUGGUCAUUGCUGCUCAUAUGAAUGAGUCCUCCACAGCAUCAAAGAGUUUUUGCAACCUUUUAAUGGUUGGUGCAAAAUCAUACCAGCAUUCACAGAAUAUUAAUCAGUCCCUGCGCGCCAGAGAGGUGUUUUCAGGUAAGCGCAGUUGCAGGGGAACAGUCUUCAGGUAGCUUUUAACUGCACUAAACCCCCUGAAAUGAACUGCUUCACCCAGUUGUUAUAAUGGAACUCGCAUGUUUGGCCUUACUCAUGGCGCUUAUGAUGCAGGGUGGGUCUGACAUGAACACUGAUUUGCUGAUGUAAAAAAUAACACAUACAGAUACAAAUAGUUCAUCAGCAUCCAUAAUGGGCGAGCCCUCUGUGCGCUAACCUAAACCCACUGGAGAGGUCCAAGUGUCUGCAAAUAAGAUGUUGGCAACAUUUGAAGUGCUUCCUCUUUGAAUGGCACCGUUAUGUUCACCAUCAGUCAGCUCUGUAAGUAAAGUGGUACCACAGGAGGUGCUGGCAGCUGGUUCAGAUCACCUGCCCACAGUGGGGAGGUAUUUUUGCACACUGAUGUUCAAGUUCACACUAAAAGGGAGCCAUCUUAAACCUCAGCUCACAGAGAUCAAAAUUUUGUUUUUCUGUAGAACCUCCAAUGUUUUAAUUUCUUAAUCUCCAAUCUCAGACACUUCCUUAACUACAAUGGGGGGCUCACACCAAGUGUGAGUCAAAUCAUCUACUUGCUUAAUUUGCGCAAAUCUAGACGCAUAAAUGACUAGUAUUUACUCGCUUCAUUCACGCGUCAAGGGUAAUUUCAACAGUUAUCCCUGCCAAUUCAACCAGGAGGAUCAAGUGAUAGGCAAAGGUUUUUUACAACUUUCCAGGUAAUCCGACCUCCUCACUCACUUGCCUCCAGGCAAGUUCCUUUUUAUUCCAGUUAUGGUAAUUGAAAGAAAAGGUAUCAUAUAAUACAGGGCACCCACACACUGACACGAACAAUUUGUCCUCCAUUUUAGAUACCAGUGAACAACCGUCCAUUUUCAUAUGUAACCCAGAAACCAUCGUGCAGAUUAGUUAUUGAGACGUGAAUAUCCGCUCAAGUUGAGACAUUUUCAGCUCCCGCCCAAUUCACGUCAUUCGCACCGCCAGAGUAGGAGGAGCGUCUAACCGCGUCUUUGCACUGACUUAACGUAUAAUUCAUUCACACAAAUGAUUUUACUCGCGCUUGGUAUGUGGAGACAUUUAGGAUUAUCAAAUUCUACUGUAGAGUCAUUGAUAUCUACUUUAAAAAUCAAGAAAUUUCCAUGUCAGUGUGUUUGAACAGGAUAAAUAUGGAGGAAAAUUUUUAGUUUUGACUUUUCCAAUUGAUGAGAAAAAUCUGCUUCGUGAGUGACACUGUUGGAAACAUGAUUUUGACAUUCACCGAAAUAAAAAGCAUAAGAAACAAUAAGCAAACACAAUCUCAAAAAAACAGUACCACUCUAAAACCAAACAGGGUGAGCCUGUUUGGGUCAGUCCUGAUUUGUUUAUAAAACUACUUACAAUUACGCACAGUGCUGACUUUGUGUCUUUGUCCACAUCCCUUAUUACAUCUGCUAGAUGCCAGAUGAUCUGGUGUAAGUGACAUAUUUCUACCUUUUUUUUUUUUUUUAAAGAUGAAGGCUCUUUGUCUUUUCUGGCAGGACAGCUUGAAGGAGACAGGAAAUGUGUGAAGAGAGAUAGAACAUAUUGAUGUAGUGUGGUGUCCAAAUCAUGCUGGGACCAGGAAUCACUCCUGCGACUAGUGUGAUGAAGACUGUUGCCUCUUUGCAUGGGACACCUGAGCUAAUCCAGAGCCCCCUGUUUCAUUGUCCUUUCAUCAUCCUGUCACUUUCACUAUCCUUCCCAGUCCUUCAGGUCGCUCAGGUGGCAAUAUUGAAUUAAGGACAAAAACUCUUUUUUUUCAAGAUACAAAGUGGGUUCACUCAGUUUCAGGUUAGUCUGGUGAGAGUUGUGUUCAGAGGGCCACCAUCUCAGUCUGAAAAGAUAAUCUCAAAGAAGCUUCUUUGCUGCUGCAUUAUUAGGUGAAGUAGAUGAGUAAGGAGCUGUUUUACACCUCUCUUUGUGCGUCAGCUGAAGUGGAGGUUGUGUUAGCUCGGUGUCAAACAGAAGCUGUGAACAGUUGCUCUAACAUUAGUGCGUAUAAUUUUCUCCUCACUGUUAACAUGGCCUUCCUGUUCUGAGAUCAGUGUGACAUCAGUGAGCAGACCGUCCUCUGCUGCUCCUCAUUGGCCUACAGUAAUAACAGCAGGUGUUUGUCCUCACACCUGGCAGGACAGAUGGUCUCCUGCUGUCUGCGUCUCUGCACCCAUCUCAGGCCAGUCUAUCCACCUGGUCCCUCCUCCACCCUCAUCCUCUCUAUGUUUGCUCAUUAUAGUCAUUAUCACUCAAUAGGAUCAUGGUGUAUGAUGGUGUGCAUCUGCAGCAGUAAAGACUCACUGUGCUGUUUUUUCGUGUGUAGGAGUCGGUGCAGUGAAGCACAGUACCGCACAUGCUCAGUAGAUGCAGCCUGUUUGUGGAAGGCCUCUGAUGACGUCCAGAAAAUGACUCAGCACUUUUUAAAUAAAGCUUUUGGUUUCUGAGCUGCAGCUCCUGAUUGGCUGAAAGCUGCAGAGAGGAGGGGAGUCACAGAGAGGGGGCUGCAGUGGGUUAGUGGCUGAGGUAAAUUUAUAAUAUACACCUGUGAAAAAUGAACUAAAAAUAACCUAUAAUAACAUAAGCUAAGUCUACAGAUGCUUAAGUUACAAAGAUAAUGGGAUAUUCUCAAAGUAUGAAAGUAGUCACAGUUAGAAAAGGGAGAAGUGGUAGGGCUGAAAAAAUUGAUUAUUCUGAAUCAUAAAAACAAGACAUCUGAUGACUUCCGAUGGGAAAAAAGCAGCUUCUUGUUUUGAAACAAAGGGCUUCAUUAUUACCCUAUUUUUUGGGUGAUAAGGCGCACCGGAUUAUACGGUGCACUGUGAAUUAACAUGUCUAUGUUCACACAUUAGGUGCACCCGAUUGUCAGGCGCGUUAACUAUUGGCUCAUUGAUUGGUCAAUUGUUACUAGCGCAUACUCCAGGCUCGGGCUGCCUUACAUGAAUGCACUUCUUGUUUAGACAUAACAGUCAGGCAGUCUUGUAGACUGCUCAGGGGUCCUGUACUGUAAUGCUCCAAAUAUCUAUUGAGCGAAGCAGCUUCGUUGCAUAACAAAGUAGUACUUACACAUUUCGACAGAACAGCACAACAAGUAUACAUAAGGCACGCUGGAUUAUAAAGUGCACUGUCAAAUUUUGAGAAAAUGUAAGGAUUUUAAGUGCAACUUAUAGUCCAAAAAUACAGUAUACAUUUCUGAUUAAUUUAUUUUUGAUUUGCAUAUAAAGAGUAAACAGUUUUGUCAAUAAAAUAAAAAAAAAAAUAUUAUUUAUUUAUUUAUUUUAAUAAUUAUAUUCUAGUUAUUGUUGUUAAUAAGUAACUACUCCAAAAUUUAUUUUUAAAAAUGUUAAAAUUAUAUUUUUCAAAGAAUAAUAAUAAAAAACAAUAAGAAUAACAAGAAGAAUUAUUUAAAAAAAAAAAUUUUUAUUUUUGAUGUUAUUGAAAUUAGUUUUAUCAAAAUGACUUGACCUGUAUAUUUUUUUUUUUUCUAAAUGAAUUUAAUGAUCCAUUGUUUUUCUCAUGAAAAUGAUGUUAAUGAUGUUUUCUUCUUCUUCUUCUUCCUUCUCUUAUUAUUAAUAUUAUUGUUAUUAUAAUUAUAAUUAUUAUCAAUAGUAUUAUUAAAUUGAGUUUGUAAGUCACAUUUUUGAAGGUCCCAAACCAUGAGAGGUAUAAAGAGGUAGGAGCAGCACUUAUGGAGCUUGUUUUAACAGCUGAGUUUUCGGCUGUGUUUUGAAGUGUCCAGAGAUGUAGUGUUGUGUUUUGGUGUGGGAGGAGAGUUCCAGUGGGUGAAAGCUGCCACACUGAAAGCUUUGUCUUCAAAAGUUCUGAGUUUGCUGUGGGGGAUGAAGAGCUGACAAAUGUCUGAAGAGUGUAGCUUCUGGGGCUGAAUGUAGGGGUGGAGGAGGUCUGUCAAGUACUGGGGGGAGCAGGACUAUGGAGAGAUUUGUUAGUGAGGAGGAGGAUUUUGUCAUCCAUGCAGAAUUUGAUCAGAAGCCAGAGAAAAUAGAAGGGAGUGGGGAUGAUGUGCUGCUAGGGCUUAGUGCAGGUCAGACUUGCACCUGGACAGCAGAGUUUUGCACAUGUUGGAGCCUAUCCAAGAAGAGGGAACACCAGAGGAGUUGGUGUUAAUCUGAAUCUUAACCACAUUUUCCACACAGUUUGGAUACUAAUUUUUCCAUGGACCUGAAAGCAGCACAGUGAACAUUUUACAUCCUGAAGCUAGACGGUCCCCUCUGUUGGACCCUGCAACUCUCAGAAAGUGAUCUGAACACGACUAAUGGUUCAGGACAGAGUAAUAAAGUAAACCCUGCGGUGACAACAUCAUCUCUGCAGCAUCAUCUCACUGACCCUGCGGAUGUUUAGGAGCAGCACUGUCUGACACCAACCAGGUUGAUAGAAGUCAAAGAGGAUAACCUGAACAAUGGAUUUGAAGGAUCUAUCUGCACUACAUCUAGGCUGUUUAAUUGUAUGACCAGGAUUUUACAACACUCUCAUACUUGCUGCAUAUGCGCACACAUCACCAAGACUAAUAUCAUUACCAAUAAGGCCACUCAAGCACCUGCAGCACAAAAUCUACUUACACACCUGCGUUUCACACACAAACUCGCACAACCCACCAUAUGCACACCAGUAUUUUGUUGUAUAAAUUUUCCCCUAAAGCAUAGCAGGUAUAUCACAGCUCAGUCAGAGCAAACAAGAUCAAAACAUUAACUCUGAUCUUUAACAUUAAUGGACCACAGAGGCUUCAGCUUGGCCUAUUCAAUUCUCAUCCUGGUACCAAGGAGCAGCAGACAUGAGGCUCUGUUUUAAUCCAGGAUCUUAUAAACAGUGCUUGUGGUAAUAGUAAUGAUACAAAUGUGUCCACAUGGGGUCCAUUUAGGUUUACAUACAAAAGGGAGGGCAGGCUCUCUGAAUGUGACCUGUUGCUGGGCUUGGCUGUUCCUGUGUCUGCAGGUUUUUUAGAGGCUUCUCGCUGUGGAACCAGAAACUUAAAUCCUUUCCUGUUUAAGGUGUUGACUGGGUCCUUUAUCGGAGAUUAGCAAACUUUUGCUUUACAAUAAAAUCAGAGAAAAAAAAAUUUUUUAUCUUUGAUGUGUGACCAAAUGUUUUGCGAAUAUCCACCUGCUUCACUUCCUGGAGCAGCCUCUGAAUCCCCGCCCCAGUCUUCAUCAUCUUGGGCAGGGAUCUCAUCCUCAACCCUAAAAGAGCCCCCAACUCACCUGAUGAUGAGCCUAUAGCUGCUGCAUUCACGUUAGCUCUGCUGUUGUUCAGAUCCAGCUUAGUAGAUACAAUCUCAGGUGUUAAAAAAUGACAUCAGAGCAUAUAGAUAUAAGGACAUAUUGUGAGGAGGAUAGGAAGAUGUUAUAUAGAUGAUUAUUGUAAUAAAUGUAUUUUUUCACAUUUAUUUUCAUCACCUCGUCUCAGGUAAUGAAAACCAAAUCCCAUCUGUAUGUGGAUAAUAAUGCAUACAUUAAAGAUAAAGAGGAGGCACUGAGGUAGAAAAUAAACCGAUGCUUUUCUUCAGAUCAGGAACAGAUCCUCAAAAUGCAGCUUUGUAUGGGUGUGCAGCUGUGUGUGAGUGAAUGUGUGUGUGAGUGUGAGUGAAUGUGUGUGUGUUAUAUUUCAUUCAGUGAAUAUUGUCUGUUCUGAUCAAUGUCUCUGCUGGGACAGUGAGGCAGCCAGGACUUCUCUGAUCUACAGCCAUGUUUGUGUGCAUGUGAAUUCAGGUGUGCGAAUGUGUGGGUAUGCAUGCAUGUGUGUGUGUUUGCAUGCGUGUGUGUGUGUGUGCAUGUAUGCUGACAGAAGCAGAAUGCUAUGCUCCUUCUGAUGGAUGCAGAGCAUUAACCUGACGUCUGCAGCCUUAUUGUGAUGGUGUUUAAAGGUGCAGAAGCGUCCUGCAGAGUCUCAGUCCAAACACGCUCUGCUCGCUCAGAGUCACUCUCCAUCUGCAGGAGAUUUACUACAGGAGUCACAGCAGUGCAUGCUGGGACUUUAGUGAGAGGAAAGUGUUUGGUAAACUGUGAUGGGAAUUCAAUGUCACCUUAUUCAAAGAGUGUAACAGCAAAGUUUGCCAUGAGCCAAACUUCAGAGUUAACUUUACAAAGUUGUUCAACUACAGAUGGAGAUGAAGUGACAGAGUGACGGAGAUAGUAGAAGAAUCUGCUCACGAGGGGGACGACUCUGCAAUCUUGAUUCAAGCUGUUGUAUUUAGAAGUGGUGGCAUACGGACAUGGCAGCAGAAUGUGUGGGUCUUGCAGUUAAAGGAUGCACUGCCAGUCUUUCCCACAUAGACGAUACAAAGACGACCUGACUCAAGGUGGUCGACUGCCAAUUUAUACUCUUUCUCCUUGUGCACUGUUUUAAUAAAAUGGAGAGUUUAAAUAAUUCACAAACCACCAAAAUCUGUUUUUGUCAACAUUUUAUACACAUCCCAAUUUUUAUAGAAUUAAGGUUGUGCUUGUCUUCAUUCCCACACGACCCCUGAGGUAGCUACAGCAGAUUAAAGGAUACACAGGGACAUGUGCAAAUUGGUAAAAUUAAGUAACUGAGGCUUCAAGCUAGUAUGAAACACAUACACACGCACACACACACACGCACACGCACACACACCUCAUUAAGAACUAUUGCAUGUACUCUCUGCUACGGUCCACACAUAAAGAUUGCUUUAUUCUUCUUCUAGUCUUUGCUAUAUAAUCAAAUUGUGGUUGUUGGGCUUCUGUGUUGUGCUAAUGUCUGUUUCAAGACUGGUCUUUUAGAGUUAACAAAUGGUAGUGAACAAAGAUAACCCCUGAGAGGGAUGAUAGGGGUCACCUGUCUCUGGCACAGUUAUUUUGAGGGUUGUAGGUGUAAAGUGUGUCAAAUAAAGAAAGCAGGAUGGAUUUAAGCAUGUUUUUAGUUAGUACUAUGAGAAUAUCCUCAACAAGCUCUGAGAAGUGUUUGGUUACUGACUGAAAGAUUUAGUUCCAGCCGUUGAUAAAAUUUACAAUAUUUAGAUAGAUAGAACUUUUCACAGAUGGCAGAAGUACCUGGAAUAUUAAUUUUCUUACUAUAUUAAAUAUAAAUAUUUUAACAGACCUGGGGCCCCUGGGGUAUAUUCUGUUCCUUUAGGAAUAAUCUCAGUUUACGAGGACUACUGUCUCUCUGAAAAUGUAGUGCACAUAAAUGGCAUCAUAUGUUCCUAUCAGAGUAUGCAGUCUAACAGGAAGACAAAAGCUGUGACCACUAAGAGGGAGAACAUGUUUCACAUUUCAGUUUUAUAAUGCUGAGCUACACUGUACAAACUGUCUCCAAAAGUGUUAGAUUACAGGUAUUUCAUUUUCUUAAGAGUACAGCACAGCUUCACAGGUUAAAGAGAGGAAAGUUCUUGAAGCCAGUUUUCCUACCUUUAAUUUGUACGCUCAAAACUAAAAGCUCUUUUAAUUUGUUUCAGAGAAGAAACUGCUAAAAAUCUCUCAGAUGCUCUGAUCUCUCUGCUCCCCACAGCACCAGCCAGGUUUUACAUGUACAGCCUCAGGAAAAGCCUCAUAACAAGGAUACUCAAGGCAAUGUAAGCUCAGUGAAUAUGAUCUACAAACCUGCCAUUGAGUGCAUUUGCAUAGACAUGAAUACAGCCUUCACACGAACACAAGGACACCUGGUUUUUACACCCAUGUAUGCAUGAUAAAUACCUUUAUCCAGGCUUCUGAUCACUGCACUUCAUUUAUGUAGGUAUCUAUGAUGUGCAUUUUUUUCACAACACAAACCAGGACAAUUUUGAAGUCUAAGAAAAACAACACUAUUGUUGCUCCUUGUAGGUGUAGUCCUAAUAAAUGCCAACAUAGUGUUGUAAAUAUGGCACAUCAACCUCAUUUCCAGCUUCCACCUGGGAUGCAUCUUUUUUUCCCCACAGUAAGUCGUAAAAUUGCAUCGCGCUUGUUGUGUAUAGCGGAAUCGUAUAGUCAAAAUUCGCCUCUGAAUGUUUUGUAAUUUCGCGCUGUAUGUCUGCGUCAUUCCUGGUGUGUAAGGACCUUAACCUGUACAUGGAGUAACACUCACGACUCACUGCAUACUCCUCAUUACAUCAUACAUGGACUGCAACUGUGUACACUAUAUGUAGGCUACCAAAGUUACUCGUCACAGCACACAGACUACCUGCCAUCAGUUUCACUCAGCAACACGGGCAACACACCUUGUAACUUACUGCUCGUCAGGCUAACAUUACACAAUGUGGCGAACACCAGGCUGCUAAACAUACAUCACAUUCAUAGCACCAUUUUCAAGAAAAUGAUUAAGUACUCAGUCCAGUAUGUGUAACAGCAACACAUACUGCUCGUAAUGAACAGAGUCACUUGCUUAUCCAAUAGUAUCAAUGCAACAUUGGUGUUGGACCUCAGUCCAAUCUCCUCCUUCAGGGCUCUCCAUUGAAGAAAAGCAACGCCGAUGCAAAUCUGCAUUUGUCUUCUCUGUUUGUCACCCUCUGUCUUCACCAACAGACCUUCUGCCUAACAAGAAGGCUUUUUCUUUUUAGUCAGAUCCACUUCUGAACCUCUUGGUCGCUUCUUCGGGUUCUCCGCCAUGUUGCUUCUGGCAGCGCUCCCCUCCCCCCUCCCUUCUCGUUGUCAGGUAAAACUGAGCAGUGCACGUCAUUUCCUGUGAGCCAGUGCAGGAAUGUCGCCCCCAGACAACAAAUACAAAAAGAAUAAAUACUGAAAAAUAUCGCAGUGUUAGAGGAGCCAAAAUGCUUAAUCAGCGUUGUAUCAUCUCCUCUUGUAAUGGCUUGAGUGAAACGGACAUUUACAGACACAUCGAAGUUACGUACUAUAAACUUUAAGUCUAUAGACUUAGACUAAAUCUAAAGUAGCAGCCAAAACUAACACUGUACUUAAGUUCAUGUAAACACACUAGUGUUUAAUUCCUCUGGUUUUAAUUCACACAAACUGAACACUGCCUGCUCUCACACUUUAUCACACCCAAUCUGAUGACGUAAGACCAUAAAUACAAUCAGUGUUAGAGGAGAUCUUCUAACUGAAAACACACACAAACACACACACACACUAUUCUACUUUUGUCCUGUGCAUCUUCAGACAGCAACAUCCAGCUGACCUGGCACACAGUCACAUCGCUUUAUGUGUCAGACACCAUCGUCUGUCACCCACACACACACACACACACACACACACACACACACACACACACACACACACACACACACACACACACACUCUUUCCCACUCCUUUCUCUCUGCUCUUCGUGUCCCCACCUCCCAGACUGCAUUGCAGCACCAAGCGUGACUUCUGGUUCAGUUUCAACUUUGUGGCCAGCACGGAAACAUGCAACACAAAGAUUGAAUGUAAGAAUGCGUGUCUCUGUUUGUGUGUGUGUGUGUUUGUGUGUCUGUGUGGAUGCUUCUGUUUGUGCGUGUGUUUCUGUGCGUGCUUGAGCGGGUCAGUGAGAAACCUUCAUAUUUCAGAUGUAAUUUUUAAUGUUUGUCUUAUUUUUUUUAAACAACAUUGAUACACCUCUCCCCCUGGAGAGCUGUGGGUUAUUGAAUCAUUGAAAGGCGUUGGAUUGAUCCUUCCUGGAGGUGAGGGAUAAAUCAUACAUGGGUCGACUGGUGGCUGAUCAAAUUUACUGGCGGGGGCACGUGGUAAUAAAGCAGGGUCAGCGGACCGAGCGAGAAAUGCUGAGACUUGGAAACGGAGCGAUUUAUGGGCCUAUAACUCAGCGCAGUGCCAGAGAGAAGCAGGAGGAAGGGAAGAAGGAUUGCAACAGGGACGAAGGAGGAAGAGGAGGAGGAGAAGAAGGAGGACAAUAUGCAGUCGCCCUCAGCUAGUAGGAGGUGUCCUGCUGAGUCCCAUCCAUAAAGGAGGAAAGGUCAGACAUUAAUGAAAAACAGGCCUGGAAACUCCUAUAGCACAAAGCUGUUACUUAAUUAUGACUGCAUUACUUCACCAGCAGGAUCUUUGUCAGCUGAAUCUUUAAACUGCAGCUGAUGAGUUAUUACAUAUGCUGAUUCACAUACAUGAAGAUUAUAUGGCCUGAUGUCAAAGCUUUCACUGUCUAUCGGUACCAUGUGUUAUAGUAUGAUCUUGUACUAUAUGCUUGUGCAUUGUAUCAUAGUGAUCAUAUUGUGUUGUAUACCAUAUUGUGUCUCAUAGUCACAUAUUUUACUGUAUCUAGACACAUUGUAUUUUAUCAUAUAUAAUAUUGUAUUGCAUCAUAUCAUAUUAUCAUGUUAUAACAUGUUGUAACCUACCAUAUGAUAUAUAAGGCAUAUCAAAUCAUAUCUCAUGUCGUACUGUAUCAUGUAUCAUUUCAUAUCACAUUGUGUCAUAUUGUAGAGUAACUUAAUGUAACUUAUCAUUAACAGAUCACAUCAGAUCAUAUUGUAUCUUAUCAUAUCAUUAUGUAUCUAUCUUAUUGUUACAUAUCAUAUCUUAUCAUAUUGUAACGUAACGUAAUGUAACCGAACAUAAUCUAUUGUAUCAUAACGUAAAAUAAUUAUUGUUCCCUGGUGUAUGGUAUCAUAUGUUAUGAAGUGUCAUAUCCUAAGACACAUACAUAUCCCAGUGUGUCAUGUCAUAUUUUUCAUGUACUGUCUCAUCUAUUGGCUUAAAUAAUAUUGUUUUGUAUUAGAUUAUAUUUAACAUCAUUGUGUCAUAAUGCAUAUUAUUAUUUCAUCUUAUGACAUACCCCAGUGUGUUAGGUCCUUCUGUCUUGAAUGGUUACACACGUAUAUUAUCUUGUAGUAUAUAAUAUCAUAUCAUAUGGAAUCGUAACAGAUUGUAUCACCUUGUAUUGUAUCGUGUUGUGUACUUGUUUGAGAAAACAGACAGUAGACUUAAUCUAAAUGACAAAUAGUGUGUUUGUAUCAAUCAAAUUUUCAUGCCUUUUUUCCAAACACACUGUAUAUUGGAGAAAGGAAAAGAUGCCAUAUUCCUUAUUUUCAGUAGUUUGUGACCCUGUCUCCUGUAUGGCAGCCUCAGCCAUCAUGGUGUGAAUGGGCAAAUGUGACAGUGAGCCGUGUGAUAGACUAUAAAAGCUCUACAGGUGCGAGUUAAUUUACCAUUGCUUGUGUCAUCCCACUUUGCACUGUAUUGUGUGGUAUCAUAAGGCAUCCCAUUGUGUCAUAUAAUCAUUAUAGUUGAGAAUAUUACUGUGAGCUGAAAGAGUGGAACAGAAAUAUGUCGUCCUUUCAGAGUGAUUUGGUUUUCACAGCACGUUCUUACCUGUUCUCAGAGGGUCUAUCCUGUCCGUUAUAGCUCAUUAUAGUACAUGGAUGAGAGUGUGCCUCUGCUGAAGGCAGAGAGAGGUGGACACAAGGCUGGGCAACACUAUAGACACAUCAUUAAGAUGCUCUGAGGUGAGUCUCUUCAUAUCUGCCUGCUCAUGAACACACCACCCACUGUGCCAAUGUCAGAUGACUCCCUGAGCAGCUCCCCCCCUCCCACAUACACGCAUUGACAUUAUUCACACUGACAGAGAACUCCCUCUCUGCUCAGUUAGUCCAGGCAGCGCUGCAAACUGGCUGCUACAUGGAUUCAAAGAAAUUUGCAGUGUGCUGAGCAGAAGUUACAUUGGUUUGAUUUACAGGUAAUGUAGAUGCAGGAUUAACUUGUGAUCCUGUGGUGUAAUGAUUUGUAGCAGCUUUUAAAUCCACUUUGAUGACCGACCAGUUUUAAGAGAUGAGCAUAAUAAAGACAGACGUGCAAUAAAAAAGACAAAUGUUCACUCUUUGUCUGUCUUAUCUCUGUCAUUAAAGAUAAUCUACACUCGGAAAAACAAGUUAAAGAAAAUGAUGUUUAUGUGAGCUGGAGUUAUCCUCACCGGGGUUGAAACAUCUCCUAAUCAAUCAUUCAGAGCUUUAUCAUGCCCUCAUCUCUGAUCAUGAAUCCAUUAUCUCGUCAGGAUGAGCUAACAUCGUUUUCUGCUGAUCUUCAACACAUGGUGACCAUGUGUUUCUACUCACUGUAGAAAUAACCAGACUCAUUCAUGCUUUUAUAAUGUCAUCUGACAAUAGGAUUAUAACUAAUGACUUAUUUUAGCUGUGAAGUCAUAGACUAUUGAAACCACUAAUAAACUUAUUAAGGAUAAACUGCAAAAGCUCUUAGUGACUUGUCAUCUUUACCCUAUAAACCCUAAACUUGACAUUGUAAAUCUAGAUUUAUGUAAGAUGAAUGAUUUAAUUUUAUUUGUGUCUCCUGGUUACUAUAGUCAAUUUAUAGUAGCGUUAACUCCUGUGUCCAAAGGAGGAAGACCGAAAUGAAAAAGACUGAGGAAGGCAUGAGGUAUGAGGUAGGGAUUGAAAAUGUUAACAGACUAUAUUUAACGUAAAAUAGGCGACAUCACCCAUUUGUGUCUGGAGCGAUGCUCUGAAGGCUGUUGACAACAGUCUGCUUCAUACUUGAAAACUGACUCAACCAUACUCUUAAAUCAGCAAGAAGUAAAGAGGUGGAGUUAGGCCGGCCUUUAGCCUCCUUGCUAACCACCACUGUGUUCAUUGGCCAGUUAAGUCAGUUGAGCUCCUUUUUAUGCAAAACUCUUAACCUGAUAUUUUCAAAAUUUGGUUAUAAAAAGUAAUUCCCCCUCACUACAGCGUGUGCAAGUAGAGAAUUGAUCCAUACCAAUAUCUCCUUUUAAACCAGACUGAUGUGUAUGUGGUUUCCUAUACUUUGCUGCCAGCCUCUAGUGUAAACAGAAGGAACUGCAGUUUUUAGCACCUUCAUUUCUCAAGGCUGGAGUUUGCUGCUUGGUAAGGAAGUGUUAAGUCGUACCUGUUUGUACUUUCGGUCUGAAAAACAAUGUGUCCAACAUGAGCAAUAAUGCCAGUGACUAAUUUUUGACUACUGACUCUUGAUUUUCAAUUUCUGUUGACUUUAACAACAUCUUUUGCUCCCCUAUCUGAUAAUCAUGGCUCUGAAGCGAUAGGGCCAUCACAGCUAACAUACCGCACAUAUCAACCAUAUGGAAGGAGCCAAGCAGAUGUCAAUGUGAUCAUCCAUUCCCUCUUUAUCAAUGAAAUAAGCAAUGUUUGACCCAGCUUUGCAGAAACUUUGGUUUUAUAUAUACACUUCAGUUUAAGUUAAAUUUACUGAGUUUUCAAGUCCUCAGAUAAGACUGAUUUUGUGACACAUUGUGUGACUUUAAAGCUUUGAUUGUCCUGGCAUGUUAGACAGCCUGAGGAGAGUUUGAAAACCUUGCAUGAAAUUGAGGUGUACACAGAAAAGAGUGUGUGAUAUUUUCACUGUUAAACACCCUGAACAGACAGAGAUAAAGUACAUGGCUUUCACAGCAGAUACAUCCAUGCAUGCUGCAGAACCACUGUGUUGUACUUUUCUUAUUAUCCAGGGGCAAUCCUACAUGACAGACAUGACUGCCUGUGCCUCCAGAGACUACAGAGCUAGUCAGCUGCUUACUCAGAGAAAAAAACAAGAUUCAUCUGAGCACUCAGGGGCCAUCGCACAGAGAAAUCAAGCUGCACUGCAGUCAGGUGCUGUACACUUUAGAGUCUCCCUUUGUUAUCCACUAUAGUCUUAGCCUGGUCAGGAAUUGACUGGUUGUCUGGUAUCAAGCCAAACAAUAGCACAGACGCCAAAUUGCAUAAACUUGGGAUCACUCAGGCUGCUUGAUGGGUCACCACAGCACUGACAAAAAGACAGAUGGUUAUUUUAUUAUAAAAUCUUCUCUUUGUCUUAUUUCAUAAUUUCAAGUAGGAAGCCAAACGCAGAAGGCAAGUGAGUGCUUAGGUCAGACGUUUCACCAGUUUCAUCAUCCUAAUAGAUGAUGAAUGAGUCACCAAAGACCGGAGAGGGGAGGUGAAAAUGAAAAAAGAAAAAACAAAGACCUAUCUAUUCCAAAGCUACGCUAUCACAGCAGUAUCUGCAGGUGUAGAUACUAUCAUCACUGGCAGUGCCACUUCAUCUUGCAGCGCUAUCAUACUGCGAACGUCAGCAUGUGAAGUAUCAGGGCAUAAAGAUUGUCACAGCAAGUGGACUUUGGCUGUGUGCAGCAGAGCUUGUUUCAUAUUCAGGUGGAGUAAUUGUAAUAUGCACUGCUGCUGAGUGCAGUGGUUUACAUAAACAUUCAGAUGAAAUAAUUGCAGUGGCUGCCUGUGUGCUGUUACUUUCAAAGAAGUAAGAUCAAGUUUUUGUUACAUGCACUGUGGCUUUGUACAGAUGCUUUAACUUUCAUCUCAGCGCUCAGGGGUCAUCGUGCAGAGGAAUCAGGCAGCUCUGCAGUCAGGUACUGUGCUCUGUGGAGUUUCAUCUUAUUCUUUAGAAAUCAGCACAGAAAUGUUUUCCUGCAGCCUUUGUUGACAGUGCUUGGAUCCGACUGUUCUCUCUGUGCUGCUGUGCAGGGGCAUGUCCGGACUUUUUGACCAGGGCUGCACAACUGGAGCACAGACAGGGCUGUGUGCACAAACAGACCAUCAGCAUCUACUUUUACAGCUAUAAUUGAAGUGUUAUAUAGAUAUUAUAUUCCUGGGUAUAGUUUUAGUGUAGUUAUGUGCCAUCAGUGUAUUAGCCAAUCUAAUGAACUUAAAGAGUUUUUUUAAGGUCCAGUGAUAGGACAAAAAAAGAUAACCCAACAAAAUUACUACAAAAGGAAACUUUGCAGUGGUACAGCAGUUGUGGAAAACCACAUUAAUGAUCUUAAGUAUUUCCUAUUAUAUUAAUCAAUUGAUCACCAGGAUAAUUGAUAGAAUACUUGAUUCUUAAACCAUUUGAUGACUGCAGCCCUAAAACUGCACUCAAACUUGGCUUCUUUCAAAAUAUUUGUGUUUUUUAAUGAACGUUAACUUGGUGCAGAAUUUUUUUUUUCUGUCAUUAUCAGUUAAAAUUGUUUGCAAUAGUUGGCAAAUACAGUGCAAAAACUGCAGGCAUAAAUGCCAAUUUAAAAGACAUGCAAUUUUCUGUUGUCAGAGAAACAGACAAGUGGAUAAUAUUACAGAAACAGAGCAUAGUGGCCUUUUUUUUUCAUUAAAGUUAUAUAGAUAAAUAUGAAGGAGCCACGUCCAGAAGAGUUUCACAAGUCAGACUCAGCAUGAACUUGGUUUGAUCUGCAUAUAAAACAAACAUCUGUUCUUCACAGGUGAGACUGUUAACAUUCCAGUCUCAUCUGUCGUAAGCUUGUGAAAUCAAUGAUGAACAGCAGAAAAUGAUCGAGUCAUCACAUUGUUAUUGAUACAGAUAAAAAUAAAAUAGGUCCUAGUAGUGUACCUGGAGGAACACCCUUAGAGACGUUCAGAAAAGAAAAGGUGGGCCUUAUUGAUUAAGCUGAGGUUUUCAUCCAAACACUUCAUUAUAAUCUGCAUCUGUCCAUGCAAGUAGAUUCAGCUAAUGUAAGGAAGACAACCUGAUUCUUAUAGAUGAAUCCCCCCCCCCACUGACCUCUGACUGACCAAGGGCGAAUCCUUCCUUGGUUGCGUGACAAGACAGUGACGGGGCUGUGACUAAGUGCUGCGGCGACGGCGGGGGGACAGCAGUGGUGAUGAUGACAGUGAUGAUGUGGAUGUCAGCGCCGCUCUGACAUGUCAACGCUGUCCUCAUUAUGAAACUCUGGAUUCUGAGCAGACCGUAUGGCUGCUCCUCACUGGACUCCUGACGGGACAGAUCAAUGGGCAGAGCACACAGGAGUUCAGUCAAACAGUCACAGACAGUUUCGUCUCCUGAAUAUGGCGUGAGUGUGUAUGUGAGUGUGUGUGUGAGGGAGAGAGAGACUGUGACAGAGACAAAGUUCCUGUGAGUAUACAUUCAUCAUGAUCAGGGACUGUUUAAAGGCUGUCAGCUCUCUGUGGUCCCCCCUGUUCUCCUUUAUACCCUCUGCUUUGACUGUAAGGCUUUUAUAACUCACUCCUGUGUUCUCCUCUGUGCCCUCAACUCUGAAUGUCAGGCUUUUAGAACUAACUUUACACAAAAAGUGGAUAUCUUUUGAAGGGAGAAAGAGGAGGAGUUUGAGGAAUGGAAAUGCUGAACGGCUGAAUGUGGGAAUUUAACUCAACAGAGAGAGCAGGGGAGGCGAGGAAGAGAGGGAGGCUCAGGGGGGUGAAGGGCAGUUCAUCCACAGGGGUGACUGAGAGACAUCCCUGAUAUCUCCAAGCUCCUGCUCCCCCUUCCCUUCCUGCCCAGUGUUACUCGGACACUCUGUCACAUACAUGUUGCUGGACUUUGACCAAACUAUGAUCAAUGAGUCACAGACAUGUCAGAGUCUGUUAGGGCUGCAGUCUGAUUCAUUACGCAUACUCUUUUUUUUCUACACAGCAUGCUGGAUAUGAUUAUCUAAUAACCACAUUUUUAUAAACCCUAAUGUGAGCUUGAACAGAUCCUAAGUAAACUGGACUACUUAAUCUAUAUCAUAUUUGUGUGUGCUGUGAGGGGUGUUAAGACGAUUUAACUCUCUCUGAUCUGCUUGAAAGACGAUAUCCACCCAGGAAGCAAGCUGAGUGCGGGAGGAAGUACCACACAUACAGCCAUAGUAAGAGCAUAAAGUUAAAUGGACAUUAGAAAUAAAGAACCAACCUGUUGAUUUGUGGAAACAAUCAGGGGUAGACUGAUUAUUGGCUUUGGCUGAUUAUCUGUAUAGGUCUUUUAUUUCCCAAAUGGCCAACAAAAUUAAUACAUUAACUGCUGUUUCUUCCCCUCUGGGUAGUUCUUUAUUGCACCACUUUGUCUCACCUAAUGUCCUGUGCACAACAUUGGCUGAUUGGCUAGAUGUCACCUGACCAUUCGAUGCAACUGUACUGCAAGUGUAACCGUGAGCUCCUGUGUAUGAUGCAGAACUUUUACAUAUUGAUUAAAAUUGUUCGAAAGGCUUUUAGGUGAAGUUUUGUGUUUUUUGACAGGAAGUUUUUCAUUGCAUAUUGGUUCCAAAUAUCCAAUAUCGGUCCUGUGAACUACUUUUAAUCAGUAUUGGUAUCAGUUUUAGUAUAAACCCUGAAAAAACAAUAAUAGUUGAAACAAUUCUAGUGUCUAUUUGGUGUGUCUUGCACAACAUAUUGCAAUCUCACUGUCAUAGAGGAUAUUGUGCAGAUAAUGUUACCCCAGUGGAAGUACCAGGUAGCCAAGCAGCUAGUAAGGUUUAGCUCAAUUUGUGAAUGUUUGUCAUCAUGUGUGAGAAUUCUCAUAUUUUAAUCACCAUCUGUUAAAACUUUAAAAGUCUUUUGAUGUGAGCCAUCACCCAGGAGGUUUAUCACUGAAGGACAUGACCGUAUCUACAAUGGCUACUUUUUCUUUCUCAAUGCAAAACAGAAAUGCUCUUGUUUUUAAUCUCCUAUCAGAAAUAUCUGAUCUCACAUCAGUUCAUAUCUUCAUCAGACCUCCGAGUGAAGUGAUCACCAUGCAUCAUGAGCCUGCAUAUCUUCAGCUUGCAAAUAUUGUUCUGAUUCGAGACAUCAGAGGGUCUGUUGGGGUGGACACUCAGUUAUGCUAAGCAGCUUUUUAGUGCAUGGUUUCAUAUUAUCAGUGACACAUAGACCUGAUUCUGGUUAACACUGUGGUAUCACGACAGAUAACAGCAUAGAUAGAGUGUCGACCUGCAGAACAGGCACAGAGCAAUAUUGUUUGAAUUACAGAUGAUUACAACCUGAAGCUAAAAAAAAAAAAACGGAUCAAAAGAACAUCCCAAAAAUCUGAUCAAAUUUCAUUUUGAGUCUGAGUAAAUCACCAUGCAAAUGGUGUAUCACUCAGUCUACCUCAGUAGACUUCAGAUGAGGAAGACUGCUGACCUGACAGUUGUCCAGGAGACGAUCAUUGACAUCCUCCAUGAAGAGGGUAACUCAAUGAAGGUCAUCGCUGCAAAGGCUGUUCACAGAGUGCAGUAUGGAAGCAGAUUACUGGAAAGUUGACUGGAGGGGAAACGUGUGGGAGGAAAAGGUGCAGGAGUAACAGCCCUGAGAGCAUUGUUGAGAAGUUGGUUCAAGAACUUUGGGCAGCAUGGAGAGUCACCUCAGACAUCUUCAAGGACAGAGACUACAACAAUAUUGAUCUGAAUAUCAAGCCACUCCUGAACUGGAGUCAACAUCAGAAGUGUCUUAUACCUGGCCUCAAGAGGAGAAGAAAUGUACAGUAGACCAAAGUCCUCUUUGCAGAUUAAAAUACAUUUUGAAUUUCAUUUGGAAAGUCCGGUGUGAAGUUCCUGCAGUCUGUAAAUAAAAAGACAGUGAAAGAAUAAAAACAGUAUAAAUCUGGCACUACAGUCAUUCAAGUACUUCAUUUUUUCAAUAUUCGAGCGGUUAAGAUUAAACUUUUGGGUAUAGCUGCAGCAUUUCCUCUCAGUUCAGACUUGUGAGGAGCAGAGGAGCCUCAGUGUCUCUGCUGGGAGCGUCUGCUUAGGCUCUGAAAGCAUCCUGGUCAGCUCAUUAAGUCUCUGCGGUGGAUGUUUGAGCCGUUCAGGGUGUUUGGGUCGCGGUCUGACCUGAAGAGAGGCCAGAGGCCAUUGCUCAUCUCUACACGCUCACUGACGCCUGCUGAGGGGGGCGGAGCUUUUUCAGUUGCAGAGACAUGGACAUGACGGUUUUAGAUCAGAUAUAUAAGAGGAUUUAUAGAUGUUUGAUUAGAUACACAGAUCAGACCAUAUGAAUCAUGGGAGUCCUGUUCAGACGGCAGCAUUCUGGACAGCCUCUGAUACACAUGGACUGUGUCAGACUGGUGACCUUUGACCCCGGAGGCUGUUUUUUUUUUUUUGUCAGACUGACAAAUGGCCCAGCCUCAUACUGCUGAUCCUGCACAGUGUACUGUUGAUAUUAACUCAUGUUGACGCACACACACACACACACACACACACACACACACACACACACACACACACACACACACACACACACACACACACACACACACACACACACACACACACUCUCUGUUCGUGUGAGUUCAGGGAGCGUCUGCAGCUGAAUAAAAAAAAAAGAAAGACGGUGAUGCGUUCACUGCCCCUCCUCUCUGCUGAUGGAUUGUGUUUCUGGGACUCCUCUGGUUUGUUUGUUCUCUCCUCCCUCUGAUCUCCUUAUUUUAAGUCCUGACUCUCAUUUAACUUUUAUAAUUUAUCUGUUUUCCUCUCGCCUUUAAUAUUCUGCUGCUUCAGCUUAAAUCAACCGUUUGUUUGAUCCAAGUUUUUUUUGAUUGGAGUUAACUCUGCACACUAUAAAUAACACACUCCUUUCUCAUCUAAAGUGACACAGACUCACUUUUACAUAGCUCUGUCUCAUCUAUGCUCACAUGUCCUCUUCAUCCUUGUCCGUCCUCCUCCUCUUCCUCUCCUCUGAGAGCUGCAGAGAGCUGGUCACCCUGAAGCCAAGCCGGGACGUCUUUCUUCCUGCUGCUGAAGGAAAAUCCAUUUACUUUAGACUCUAAAGUGUUGUCUGCAGCUAAAAGGCCUGAUGCAUUGAUUACAGUCCAAGUACUAUAAUACUCUAAGUGCUUCAAUAGACCCGCCCCUCUUCCAGCCCCAGAGUUUAAUGAAAACAGAUCAGGUAUGCAUUUAAUCACAGGAGGAAGUGAGGACAGAAUCGAGGACAGGGGGGGAUUAAGUUGAGAGGAGAAGGUGGAACUAAUGAGGAUCUUAGGACUGAAACAGUAAACAGUUAAUGACACUUCAUUUUUAUACUAUCCUUCAUUUUUCUGCUGUCGCUUUCAUCUCUGAAUAAUGCGUCCCACAUGGCUCAGUUUCAGGUUAUCUGCUCCGAUUGGCUCUUUGGCUGGAUCCUCUGAGCUAUAGUGAGAGGUGUGUUGGUAGUAAAAGUGACUCACAAAGUCAAGCUUUUAUCUCAUUGGGGUUCAUGCAGAGGUGGAAAAACUUCACAGAUUCUUUACUGCGGUACAGCUCCAGUUCCAAAAAUGCUGGGACACGGUGCAGAAUGCAAAUUGAAAACAGACUGAUCAUUUGUAAAUCAUUUAAACCCUAUAUUUGACUGAAAAAUACAACAUGUCUAAUGUGGAAACUAAAGGAGUUUAGUUGAUGUAAAAAAAAAUAUGCUUAAUCGUCAUUUGGAGACCAACACAUUUUAAAGCAGUCAGGACAGGGACAUGUUUACAAUUUGUUGCAGCACCUCUCCUUUGGACAACACUUUGGUUUGACCAGUUUCUGGAUUAUGAGAACUCAAAUAUUGUCUCAUUCUUGCCUGAUAUAGGAUCUCAGCUGCCAGACAGUUCUGGCCCCUCUUUGUUGUGUUUUUCAGUUUCAUGAUGCUCCAAAUGUUUUCACUGGGUGACAAGCCAGGACUGUAGGCAAUUCAGUGUAGCACCUGGACUCUUCUACCAUACUUUUGUAAUACAUGUUGAAUGCAAUUUGGUAUCUUUUUGCUGGAAUAUGCAAAGCCUUCCCUGAAAAAUGUAUUUUCUUGAUGGCAGCAUAUGUUGCUUCAAAACCUGUAAACAUAUUUUUGUCAGCAAUGGCGCCUUCCCAGAUGUUCAAGUUAACUACGUCACGGGCACUUAUACAUCUCAGCACCAUCACAGAUGCUGGCCUUUGGAGCUGUGUGCAGACGAUAAAUCAGGUGGUCUGUCAAUGCUACACACUGGAGGAUUUAGCACCAAUGGUUUCCAAAAGGGAUGACACAUUUUAGCAUUUGUCAGACCUAAAUCUACCUUUGAUGGGCUCAGGCUCAGAGAAGUCACCUGCACUUCUGGUUGGUAUGAUUCGUUUCUUCUUUGCAUGGUGCAUUAAUCUGCAUCAACAAUAUGACAGCAUACCUUGUUAAAGGUCUAUUGAAGGUAUUUUUUGGGGCCUGUGUAGUUAUUUCCACUACAGAAUCUUGGUCAUCCAGUAUGUUUUUGGCCUUGUCCAUUUUGUACACAGAUAUUAUAGAUGAGGAAAUCCCCAUCUAGGCAGUUUUUUAGCAGCUGGGGAACAUUAUUCUGAAACUGUAGAUUUAUGUGCUAUUCAAUCUCUUACAGAGUGUUGAACUUUUUCCCAUCUUUACAUCUGAGAGACUUGUCCUGUCUGAAUUUCCCUUUGUAGACCGAGUGGUGUUAAUAAAAUGUUGUAAAGAAGAGAUGCUUGUGUAAAUGCAGGUUUGCUAAAGUAGUAUCCCUUGUGCUACAGUGUUACAGUUUAUAGACCAGGCUGUGAAAUGUCCUCGUAUUGUCAAAGUGUCCCUCUGAAGGACAUCUCUAGCAGCUGUGUGUGCUAAGCUUAAGCUCAGCUCAUAUUUGGACAAGAAUAAACUGAAAUCAUUUUACCUUCCAACUGAGGAACAACAGAGUGGGAAAAAAUGAACAGUCGUUGUGGUCAAAUGUGUGAAUUAGCUUUCUCCGCUCUGAAUCUGCUGCUUGUUGUCGGCCAUGCUACUUCAACGUCAUCCAUAUGGCUUCAUGUUCUCCAUUCAUUCAUUUCACAGAUCUUCUCCACACUUCAGCUUCUCUCUCUCUCUCUCUGUUUGUCUUCACACGUCUUUUACCUUGGGUUAUAUCUGUCCUCUGUCACAUGACCUGAUGGACACUUCAAGGAAUCAGAUUAACUAUGUGUUAUGGGUCCUCAGGAUUUAAUUCAUCUUUAUGUUAGGAGGGCAUUGGAUUAUGAUGUGUUAUAAGAAUAAUCAAUAAUUUCUUGAUAAGCGUUCAAGUAAAAGUAACAAUUUUAUCUUGGAAAUAAAGAAAUUCUUAGUUUGGAUUUUUGUUUCCAGAUUUCGACCCAGAAGUGAGACGCAGUGAGAAGAUGUAACACCAUGUCUCCUCUCUCGAUGAUAAUAUUGUUUCUCUUCGGUGUUAUCCACACUGUGUGAAUGAGCUGAAGCUCUCUGAGAGGUGAGAGUGGAGCGAGGUACAGGAAGUGACAGGAGGAGGAGGGGGGGGGGGGAUAGUUCAACCAUUCAUCUGGUUUCAAUCUCUCUUCCUCUCCUGCCUCCUGCUGGAACACCAGAACAGACCCUCCGUACAUGUCUAUGUGUGCACGCGUGCGUGCGUGUGUGUCUUUUAGAGGAAGACUGUGUGCAACAGGGUGGAGAUUCUUCCUAUGUGCCAAUUUACAGCAUGUGUUGAAUGUGCCUCCAUGUGUUGGAUUUGCAUGUGAUCCAGUUUUAUACAGUGAUGAAGAAUGUCAGAGUCAGGCAGUAAGAUGAGAUCAUUCCCAAGACUGAAGGAAUCCUCCAGGUUCUGCAGGGCUGUUUCUUUUGGAAACUCUGUCAUGGUUUGCCUUUAAAAAUGUAGAAUCUGCACUCAGGGUUUUUGGAUUCAAUGUGCUGCAAAUACAGGAACUUGUUCAAAUAAAAAAAAAAGUAAAAGUCUAAAACAAACACAAGAGUAGAAACUGUAGAUAAAAAAAAUCAAGCUGCAAAACAGCUUCACUGACAGCAAAUGUCCUGCAGAUACACAAACAUUGCACGGUCAAAUAAAAACCACAAAAGCAGAAAACAACUAAAAAAAACAGAGUUGCAAAUACAGACUUUUUUAAUGCAGUACUGCAGGGGUGCUGAAUAGCAUAGCUGUAAUAUUGAGGGGACAAAGAGGAGUCAUGGAAUUAGACCCAAAUGAUUAAACACUACUGGAACAAAGGCUGUCCUGAAACCUUGUCCUCAUUGUGCCAAAAAAUAAAUUUAUAAUGAUGUAUGAGUGCAGCUACAACAAAGACAUGGUUUCUAAUAGACAGUAUGCUUUGCUAAAGUACACACCACUAAGUUUAGCUCAGGUCAGCUAUGGAUCUAAGACUUUAGUUAUCAGACUCAGGGCGGCUUCAUAUGUUGCUUGUAGGAGUUAAAAUACAGGGAGUAAUCUUACACUGUCUGUGAUUUACAGACAAGUCCUUUCUGGACUCGAACUCCAGGACUAUGGUACCCUAUUUACUGAUUUCAACAGAGAUGGCUCUCUGCAGUUUAUGUUAAUAGUACAGGGGGAUUAAUGGAAACCCGAUGCAGAGGAUCUUUAAGUAAAAGUUCUACAAAGAGGAACACUUUUUUAAAGUUCUCUGUCCUUCAUACUUUGCCAACAUGGCUUUAUUUCUGAACAGUUUUUAAAAAUGCCUGUCACAGCGUUAAGCGAACUAACUCCAUACCUGACCAGGCUAAUGCUCUUAUGAGAAAAAGAAGAUAAUUGUCUGAGUCUCACUCGAUUGAAGACACUGUUCAAAGUUUACAGAAAUAAAACAACAAAGCCUCAGUCAACUCAAUAACCCGUCCAUUCACCAAUUUGUAUGACGUUUUUAUCGAUCCAGGGUGCCGUGAUCCAGCACAUUGGAACUCAGAUGAGACUAUUUAUAAUAAGUAUAGUUACUCUUUAGACCCCUCUUAGAUCUGCAUUCAGGAUCAGCUCACAGUGACUCUCUGAGUCUCAGAUCUGCUUGAUGCUAAGUCUCCUCACAGCAGCAGUGUCUCUGUUUUCAGCACAGCGGGUCCUAUUUAGUUGUGUGUAGUGUUCACUUACACUUCAGGCUGAUUUCUGUAAAGGAAACACUUAGGCGGUUUGUCGGUGAGCAUGCAGUAGGUGUGGGGGCCUCAGGGAGACCCCUCCCACCCUGCAGAGUCCAGUUCCUGUCCUGCUGUCUCCUCAGUGUGAAGAGGACGAGGUCCAGACCACCGCACCCCUAAUCCAUCUGCUGAGAUAAGGAUGCCAGGAAGAAUGUGUGUGUGUGUGUGUGUGUGUGUGUGUGUGUGUGUGUGUGUGUGUGUGUGUGUGUGUGUGUGUGUGUGUGUGUGUGUAUGCAUAUGUGGGUGUGGGGGUUGAAUUCCUGAACUUUUGCGCACAUAACCGAAACAUGUUUUCACUUACACUAAUACUCACAUUUUAGAUAAGCAUUUGGUUUUGAGUGUGAUGUGUGUAUGGUGUGUGUAGGUGUGUAGGGGGGUUGGUCUGGUGGAUGUGUGGGUGUAGAUGGGGGGUUGAAGCAGCGUUAUACUCAGUAUUAAAGAAUGUGUGUGAAGCUGCAGCCGCUGUAAUGAAAAGUAAACAUGUGAAGGAGUGUGUGAGCUCAGCUCACGUCUGCAGCGGGCUAAAGAGGAAUAAUUCAGCAGCCUCUGCUUCAUGGCUGUGAAGAACGAACAACAUGUCUUCAAUUCUGCCAACUGCGAGGUGUGAAGCCAAAAACCAUAUUGCACUGAUGCGGCUAAAGCAUAAGGAGCGACUGCUGCUGCUGCUGCUGCACCAGGGAGGAAGCUUUGUUAUUAACAAAGAAACUUAUAUCACUUCUGUCCUGACUCAACUUCAGAAUAAACUCAUAAAAACAGUCCCCUCUCCCUCCUCCAGGUCAUCCUCUGUAUGUGGACAGACUUAAGCUCCAUCAGGAUUAAAACACAGCUCUUCACAACAGAGGGUGGAGGUGCAGGCGACUUCUCCCCACAAUCAGAUGGAAAAAUAGAGUAAACUGCAUGGAGCCACAGUAGUGUUCAUUUUGUCAACCAAACUUUUGACAAUUAGCAAAAUCUCUGCUCAUGAAUAUAUAACACAGUUCCCCCUGUGCUGUUUGUUUUUCUUUUUGAAACGAUCCUUUAUCUGCAGCAAGUGUGGGGGGACAAAUUCUCAUUGGCUCUUUUCAUCCAGUUCAUCAUCACUGGAGGAUUUUUCACUCAGUCCAUGUUCAUAAAAAGUCAAUUUACAGUUUCUCAGAGAAAGCCAAAACCAGCUAGCUAUUGCCUACCUUAUCAAAAGCCUAACAGAGCGACUGCUGGCAGCUAGUGUCACGAAAAAAUGAGCUUCAUUACAACCUGUGGUCUUUAUGUCAGGUGGGAAUAAAAGGAACGACCUGUGCACACGUUUUUAAGAAAAGACGGAGCGUGUUGAAGGAAAAGAAAAGUGAAUUUUAAAGGAUACCUGAAAGAUAAAGCAGCCUUUAGUGUCUGCCAAGCUUCACAAGAAUAAUGAAUAAUAAUUGAAUGAUAUGAACAUACAAUAACUAUCCAAAUUCAACAUUCACAAGACGGCUGUGUGGAAUCAAGUCUGUAUUAAUCGUCGUGUCUUUACUGUACAUAUUCAACUCUGAAAUAAAGAGUCCAGCAAACUUUAACAGGGUUCACUUAAAUGUUACCUUACACAGUGAAGGCAUUUGAGUUCUUGAAAUGUAACUCAAUAUUUCUUUUUGGCAGGACACCCAAAAUUCUGCUAAAUCAUAUAAUGAUAAGCAUCAUUUUGAAUCAUAACAAGACACACUGGAAACACGUAUUCAAUAUAUUUUUCUUUAAAGAGUAAAUUUUUAAAACACUGGAACAAUCCUUUAGUCAGUUAGCCAGCAGUUAGUCUGUAGUUUAACAGUUUGUUGCACUAUAAUAACCAAACAGUGUUUGUCAUGGCAACUCUGGUGAACACCUCAGGAGUUACUCUUGAGAAAUCUGCCUGUUUGUUGCCCCCCUAUCUGCCCUCAAAUAUAUGACUAUAAUCUAUAUCUAUCUUUCUGGUUGAGCCGAAUUGGAUUAGAAUUUUCCAGUCGACAUGUUUACAUGGCGCUUUUUUAUUCCGAUCAGGCAUUUAUUCGGAUUAUUUGUUCCCAUGUAAAUGCAGCUACUGAUGAUCGGUCAUUAGGUUCUCUCAACAGUGGAUUGGUCUGAUUCCUACUCUGUCAUCAGGCAGAUCUAUCUCCACAAGCUUAAUGCUGAUUUGGUGACUGACUGGACCAAUCAGCAUCAUUUGAGGAGAAAGAAAGUGUAGUCAGUGAAGCUAAGAUGCCUCUAUAUACUUACCAAAUUCAGCUGUGUCACAUUUUGUCUUAGCAGUCUUUUCAAUAAAACUAAAACUCAGUUGUGUUGUAAUAGUGUAUCAAUGUUGUCUUAACAUGCAUGAUUUUGACAUGAUGAGGUAGAAAAGUUACCCUACAAACUUUUUUUUUUCUCUGUGGAAGGUUUUGUCCUCCUCAAUCACCGUUCAUGGGACGGGUGUCAGAUACCUCCAGUUUCUUAAAUAUGUGACGCAGUCAAACUGAUGUAUCAUCUAGUGCAGACUGAAAGCACUGCUGCUUUGCUGUAAUACUGCAACAGUAUUACAUUCAGAGUAAAUGCUGACUGAGGGGCUCUGGACUCACUUAGCGCUUUGGACUUUAUGAUCAAUAAUAAGUAACAGGAUACAUGGUGGGAUACAUACUGUGGGAAGAAUGUCUUCAAGAAGAAAUUAUGUUAAAGUUCGAUCAGAAAAGCUGCAGUAAAUCUUUUUUUAAUGUGUUUGUUUGAACACCAGCAGCAUUGACAGGUUGUUAAUGUCAGAGAGAGGAGAGGGACAGAUCCCACACAUGUCCAGCAGUCUCAGAGUGAUUCAGUCAGCCAUGUUUUUCUCCACCUCCUCACACCCACAGCUGAAUCACCUCACUCUCAAGUUUCAGACUUCUGUCAGAUCUUACAGAUCAAACUCUCUGGGGCUGUUCAUGAUGGGACGUAGGAGUCCGCCCUGAGUGAUUAACCGCCAAAAUCUGUUGGGGAAGGUGGCUUUAAUUAACAUGUUUUUUUCUGUCUUUCUCACAUCAACUUUUUCCUACACAUUUUGACUUUUGCUUUUACAUGGAACUCAGUGUUCUGUUUUUACCCAUGACCCCCAUAGACUGAUCAAAGCAUGGACAUCAGCCCUAAAUCUGAGCAAUAAAAGUCAUAAAGCUUUGUUAAAAGGGAAACUUUUCUCACAAAGUACAACCCAAUAAAAAAAGUUGGGGGGUUGUGUAAAAUUUUGAUCUAAUUUGAUGGUGUAUUUAAUUGAUAACAAAGCAAAGAUGACAUAAUGAAUAGAAAAAAAAAAGACAUCCUUGUUAUGAAUCGAACAAAGGCCAGGAUUCAAAUAUGCAGAGGCAAAUGCCCAAAUGUAUUGACAAUAAACAAUAGAUCAAAGUAGAAAAUCGCAGUUUCCGGGAAAAGGCACGGUCAGCUCGGACUGCCACUAAAAAACACAAAACCAGGGUUAGGAGAUAGUCACUGCAGCAAGGCAAAAUAGCUGGUGAAAAAACAAAGUUCAAAUGACAGUGCCACGUGGGGCAAGUAACAACUAAGAAUGUAAAAAGACAAAGUGCAACAGAAAUAGUAAACUAAAAAAAUCGUCUCAACUGGAGGAAAAAACUCGAACACAAAAUCACCUUUGCUCAAGGGAAUAAACUCUCUGGAAAGUAACAAAAGAACUCACAAACGUACACUGAGCGGCAGGCUGGAUACACGGGCGGGAGAGCAGGGAGCUCGACGUGGCAAGACACGUGUUGCAUGACUGGGAAAUCAUCCGGCACUGAAUCGACAGAGGAGCUGGCAUAUAAAGCCAGGUAAUUGACACCAACGAGAAUCAGGUGCGUGCAAUCAGUCCAGGCCAGCCCCGCCUCUCGUCGUGCCUCCAGCGCUGCAGAGAGAGAGAGAGAGAGAGAGGGAGAACACACACAGAGGAGAGGAACACAGGAACCCCAACUGCUGCAUAAACUCAAAAUCCUCACAAUCCUUUCACAAUCAGUCGUACAUUUCACUGUAAAAAGACAAAAGAAUUAGGUUUUUGUCUGAGUGCACUAUUUUCACAUGUAUAGGAGAAGAAAUAUUAGAUAUCAGUCUGUCCACAGGGGGCACCAGAAUCAACACAAUCCACGUGUUCCUCACAGAAGCUUUAAAUUAGUGAUGGGACCUACAGCGCUUUUGACCGAGCCAGGUCAUUUGGCUCCCAAACAACUCUUUAUUUUACCACUUAUACAUUUUCUAAUUCAGCCAAAUUUAGUGUUGUUUGGCUUAUGAUAUGUAUGUUUGUGUACACAUACCUCUUGAAUAAUUCAAUACAUUCUUUGUACUGAAGUAUUCACAAGUAAAAGUUACAUUUUCUAAUGAAUUGCUGUAGCCAAUUGUUUUCAUUGCAUUUACAGACCCUUGUAAUUCUCUGAAACCACUCAAAGAAUGCACUGACUUGCUUGUAGAACCACAAAGCAGAUAGAAAUCCCGUCAUUCUGCCUUGCAGUUUUUUUAUUCGGUCUGUGAGGGGAAAAAAAGGAAAAAACAACAUCUCACCGACAGGAGCCGACUCCCAUUGUUCACGUUAAAGAGCCUCUUUGAACCAGUUCGUUUGUGACCGACACAUCACUACUUUAAAUAGGCCCCAAAGUGUUGCAGAGGUUGUUGUCUGCUAUGACUCUCUGCUCAGGAUGGAAACAUGCUGUGCUCUGGCUGACACUGUGUCAUUGAGCUCAGUGUUCAAGCAUGGCCUGACACUGUGUUGGCCUUAUUUAGAGAUGAGCUGUAGCCGUCAUGAGCUUCCUGUGAUGCUGUGAUGAUUACAGCUCUGUCUACAUCAGCCACACCAACCGGACACUGUAGUUUUCAUCCAUUUUUCAAACAAUGAUGAGUGGGUGGAUCACUGUGGAAUUAAAAGUGUUAAUCACGAUUACCUGACUGAUAUGCCUGCAGCACUGUAAAUAUGCAACACUGCUCUUUGGGCUUAGGCCAGUCACAGCUGCUUCUGUCUGUGUGUCAUGACAUUGGCCUACAUUUAUGGAGGAGUAUUUUUUAGACUGCGUACCUGCAGCAGUACAUCUACAGUGUACGUUUAAUGCAAUUGUAUAAGUUUACAUCAUGUUUAAUAUCACCAGUUAGUGGUAACAUAAAAAAAAACAUGUAAGAAUACAGAGCAUGUGUGGCUGUAUAUUUCUAACAAACAACAACAGGCUCAGUCCAGACAAAAUAACCUAAAAUAACAACGCUCAAAGCUGAACACUUGAUGUCUUUGAGUUUGUCUCACUGUGACAGGUGGACAGACCAGCUCACACAAAGUGUUUUCUUCUCCUGUGCAGCAUCUUUUAGCCUCCACGUGAUGGGGAAAGUUCAGGUUUCUGUUGCUCACAAGGAGACACAGAUAAAGCAUUAAACCGGGCAGGUUCCCCUCUCUCAGGACAGGACUUUAGCAGUCUGCAGACAUGAAGGAUGGUUCACCGUGAGCGCUUGCCCCCCCCUGCUCCACCGCAAGUGUUUGGGGCUGCAGAGCAGUGCCUGCACGCUCCACAGAGCAGCUAAUGUGCAGACAGACAGGUACAGCAGCAGGGUGGAGACACGCCACAAAACAUACAUAUUAAUAAUACUGUCUGCAGACAUCUCUGUAGGUUUACUCAGCUCCAUCUUUAAAAACAAAGUCAACAGGAGAGUCAGAUUUGAUCCAUGUCCUCUGGUUAUUGAUCAGUACUUUUAGAAAGCUUUGCAUGUGCUCUGCAGGAGUUAGCUGUCUGCUUCAGGGUGUGUCUGGUUUUCAUGUUUGUGUCAUGUGAUGACAUUUCUUUUUGGUGCAGUGUGCCGGGACACUCUGCAUUGUGCAGGAGGGGGUGGAGGGAAGGGCAGGUUGUUGUCAUGAUGCUAAUGUUUCCCUGUCCACUGAGAAUUAAAUGCACCUGGCAGGCUUUGCUACUCGAGUGAAAGCUGUUGAACACUGUCAGGGUUUAUAGCUAUAAAAGAAAAAAAAUCUUUCAUAGAUGUUCAUGUUUCAUUAGACUCUGUAGAAAAAGCUUUUUAUCUGAUAGAUCUAAAAGAUGUAAAACUCCUUCACAGUGUUUAACCUGAAAAAAAAAAAAAAUCAUCAGCUCUGUUUUGGUCAUCGACCUUCAUCAAGCAAACAGUUUGUGAGGAAGGGCAGAGCAUCUUCAAAAGGGUGAGGCUACAAGCCUGCUGCAGAUUACCAUCAUAGUAACAGGUGUGAGUAGGGACAAGGAUCAAUACCUGUGUCCAUUAAAGACCUGGUUCUGCAUUUUUCAAGACCUGAAAAUCAAUAAUGUUUGAGCUUAUCGAGUCUGCUAUCAAGUCUCAAGUGUCCCAUGAAGAAACAUUAUACUGUGAGUUGAAUCAUGUAAUGUUAAUAAAUCAAUACCGCAUGCACAUUCAAAGACUGUCUGAUAAAGUUUUUAAAAGAAGAAGAAGAAGAAAAAGGAGAAGAACUUUAUUGAUCCCUAAAGGGAAAUUCAAAGCAGGUAACACGAAGAAGAAAUCUGGUGGUCGUUGCUUGACUGGAUGUAUGAAGUGGUCCAAAGUGUGGCUACAUUUUACCAAAGCUAAAGAUAGAGAUGAAGCAAAUGAGAUUUAUGUUGCAAAGUAAUAUAAAGUUGGGAACACCCCCCCACAGAUGAGCACAUCAGCAGUGUGUGUAAAAUCAAGCCAAAAUGCAGAACCUUUGACUGUCUGUGACUUAAGACAACUCUGUCAACUCGAUCUGCUGCUGCGGAGCUGCCAUCCUCCUCCUCCCUGACACCCUGACUUAAGAUAUGUAAAAUCAAAAUCCAAUGUUGAAAUCAUAGCUUAAAUGAGGAUAGCUCACGAACCAACAGAUUUCUAUCAAAUUUCCCAUCUGUAUAAAGUUCUUCUUAUCUUGUAUUAUCUUAUUUUAACCAAGGUGACAUGCGAUUAGGUUAUGAGGUGUUCAAUGUCAGGCUGUCAAAACAGAAAUUUAGAGAAAGUAAAUAAGACCUUAUAACGACAUAAUCAAAUGUCAUGUCCAGGACAAAUAAACACUGAAUUAUUGAGUGAAAAGCCUCUUAAAUAUAACUAUAUAAAGGAAAACAAUAACAGAAAAGACUCAGCAGUGAUAUUGAUUAGAACUCGAAUCACUUGGGAGUCUCAAUAACGGUACCAGGAUCAAUAAAAAUCAACAAUCCCCAUCCCUAGAUGUGCAUAAAACUACCCACUGUCUAAGAGUACACACAAGUGGUCUACCUAUAUCAUUUUAAAUGGCCAAUAAUACCAGAGAUCAGGUCGGCAGGUGGCUGAUAUAUGAUACUGAUAUAGUUGAAUUUUUUGGGGUUUAAUGAAAUUAAGUAAAUCAUGAUAAAAUAUGACAAUAGUUUAACAACAACAAAUGACCAAGAAGUCAUGAUUGAUUUUAUUAUUGAAUUGAACUCACAAUCCAGUAUAAAUAGUUUUCUUAGCCAGUAAUGUUCUCGAUGGGAUUUAAUGUUAAUUUAUGAAAUAAAAAACAAAACAAACAAACAAAAAACAAAACAAAAACAAACAACAAAAAACAUGGGGUUAUGCUGUCGGUCUCAGUAAAUGACUGAAAUCAAGGCAAUAUUAAACUGUGUUAUUCUUCACACCAUAGUAAAACUAUGUUAAACACCAGCCAUUGACUGAGGGGGUGGUGAAGUGAUGAUUUUUUUUUUCAAAUACAGAGAAAUACAACUUGAUCAAAUAAGAUAAACUACAUGUUGAUCAUUGAGCCUGUUACCUGAUUUUCACUGUGUUUUAUCUGUCUGUGAAGGCAGACUAGGGUCUUUAUGUAACACAGAAUAUUACAGAGAGGGACGGGAGACAUGGCCAGAGAGGACUGAGGUCAUUAGCUGGAUCUGAGUCUUGAUCACACAGCUGGACCUCAUCCAAUCACCUCGACUGGACUAAUGGACUGGAGCAUAAAGCAGAACAGCUGAUGGAUGGAUGUGAAGGACUAUAUUUUCCCAGCAGCUCUUGCUGUAAAUGUUUGAGUAUGAAUAUGAUGUGAGCAGAUCAUAAACAAUCAGCGCCCAGCUGUUAAGAGAUCCAGCUAAGGGGCCCUCAGCUUUUCUUCUUGGUCUCAUACAAUCUGCAGUCCCAUUCAUGAAAUUAAAUAAAGCACACACACACACACACACACACACACACACACACACACACACACACACACACACACACACACACACACACACACACACACACACACACACACACGUACAAGGAAAAUGGCAGUACUUUCCUUCUGCAAAAUGUAAAUUAGGAAACAUACAGUAAUUGAUAUAAUGUAUAGUGUGUGAAUGGGUACAUUGAGCAGUUCACCUAGAUAAUGAUAAAUGGACGAUAACUACUCCACAAGCUGCUCACCCCCGCCCACAUUGACUUCUUCUACUUCAGCCGUUUUCGUUUUUAUCACCCAGCCCUAGUCAGUGUUUUUACAUGAUCUUUGAUAUGAGCAGCAUUUAUAAAAUAUUCCACUCUAGAAACCAGACUUAUAUAUUUAGGUUCAGUUCACACAAAUGUAUAUAUUUCUGGAAAAGAGGUUUUUUUUUUUAAACAUGAACCGGUUUAAGGUCUCUGAAAAUGAAAGUUUGCCCAAUUUAUCUGCCCCUGAAAACGGUUUCUGUUUGAAAGAAUGAACAACAUGCAAUCAUCGUUGACUGUUUUCUAUUGAAUUCAUUUCUAUGUAAACAGCCACACAAAUAAACUAAGAUUUUCAAAAUAAAGUAGAAAGACCCACCAGCCUUAGAAACACUGUGUACUUGAACUAAACUCAAAAUAGAAAAAAUGUCAAAAUUAAAUAAAAAUGACACAAAUGAAAAAUUCAGAACAGUCAUAACCUCGGUCAAACCACACGCACGUCAGACCUUCUCAGAGGGUUUUGUGGACUUCAAGUCCUGAUGGUGUCGCUAUAAUGAGGAUUGAAAGAUUGAAUCCUUGUUUAAUAUAUAACUCGUCAGUUGUUAGUGCUAAAACUCUCACUCAAUGAGGUUCAGAAUAAACACUUAUCCUAUUGCACAUUUCAGUCUGACUGCUGUCACCUUCAGACUGUCCUCCUCAAACCAUCCACACACAUUUUUUAUUCAUGACAACGUGAGCCUGUCUUUACCGCAAAUGUCUCAGCUGUCACACCGGCAAACCCUGUCCACCUCUCUCUCCUGAUACAAGAACCACAGAGGGAGACGAAGCCGGGCCAAAUUAAUCUAUAUUCAGCUCUGUUUAUCCCCUCUGACUCCCGCUAUGAAAGCAAACUCAUCAGCUGUGGAUUUGACAUGCUCUUUGUUGGUGAACGGCUGUCAGAUGUUUGGGGGGAGAGACAUUUCGGGGGGGGCUGACAUUUUUAGAUUGAUGAUCGUUUUUUUAGACCCUCUUUCCAUAAGCAAUCGAAUAAGCAUUUUUCACAUUUUCCUCAAGUUCUUUUACACAUGUCCCUCACAAAAGAAAAAAGCUGCACAUUGAGCCGUCCCAGAGGUGUUCAGUAGUGUUGGAGCACUUUCAGGAACAGUUUGUUGAUGACCUCACUCAGCACUCAGGCAAAAGUAACCCAGCAUGUUUCCUGUCCUGCAGUGAUACAAAGGUGGAGUUAAGGUUGGGCCAUUUUUGGGUGUGCAGUGUAUUUUAUUCUGCUGCUGCUCUUGUAGAAAGAGCUCAAUGUUUUACAAUUUUAAUCAUAGACUUCAGAAGCCACCUUCAAAGCUGUCAGAGUUUUAUAAAGGAGCUCUGCUGCCUCAAAAUGAUUUUUAAACACAACUUUUUACCAACUAAUUUCUGCAUCCGAAAAAACAAACAAACACAGAAUACUCUCAAUCAAAAUAUAAGUAAAUUUUAAAAGGAAACUUAAGCUUUCUAAACUUUAAUGACCACUCUCAGCCAGAGAUUGUGCCACUGUUUUUAGGGCUGGGCGAUAUGUCCUCAAAUCAAUAUCACGAUCCACAAGCUGCUCACCCCCUCCCACAUGAACUUCGUCUACUUCAGCCACCGCUCCAGCCGCUACAACUUUUGAACCAUCCUCCAUCUGCUCACCUGUCUUUCCCUCUUUGUUACAAACUGGAUGGGGUGGAGUCACGUCUUCAACGUAGGACAGCAUCUUAAAGGGACAUGAGACCAUAGCCUACCUACACACAUCCAAAAUCAAUUUUUAUUUAUUUAUUUUUUGACACCGAAUUGACUGACAUGAGCAAAAUGACGUUGGUUAUUGUCUUAAAUUUCUGUACUGAUAAAUUUUCAGUUCAUCGCCCAGCCCUACUGUUUUCGAAUGUAUUUGUUAAAGGCUGACCCUCUCACAGACAUGGAUAAUGUUUCAGAUAUUGAUGAAUACAGAGGGGACAGAGAGUGUAAAAAGGAUAAUAUAUCUGAAAGGGACAGGAUGAAAUAUGGCCUUAUAGUUUCCAGAUCUGAAACACUCAGUGACUUCAGUUACCAGCACUUUAUCUUAAAUUUGAUAUGAACCAGCAUGUUCAUAUGGAGGCUUCCUAAGAGAAAACUGACAGACUCUAUAAAGCUGAAUCUUUAUCUAAGAGCUAUGUGACAUGAUCACACACAUUCAGUCUCCAUUUGUGUUACACCAAAGUGCAAAAUUAGCCACUACCACAUCACAAUAAGACCCCAUCUCUGACCGAACCAGACCUACUGCAGUAGAGACAUCUGCUAAGACUAAGUAAAGUCUUACCUUUGACAUAAACAUGAACUAUCAUUUACAUUUCUGCAAAGACAUAUUAUCUUAUUGGAGUAAAUUUCUUUAAACUUUCCCUAAAAUUAAAAUAAUAGUAAACACACCGGCACUAAAGGUAUACACUGCUGUAAUACACACCUGAAAUAUCAGUAUACACACCUGUGCAUGUAGCAAACACACUGGCAUUUACAGUCUACACAGCAGAGGACACACUGACUGUAUCUAGCACACACUCACAUGUACAAACACACACACACUCAGAGUUUUUUUUUUGGCUCUGGUCACUGUUGAGUCCAUGCAGUGGGACAUCGUCAGAGCCCACACAGCUGAUGAGCGUCCAAAGAGCGGAUGAAUAAAUAAAAGAGGGAACAAUGCUCUGGCUCUGGCUCUCUCUCUGUCUCUGGGUAAAUCCUCUCCACACUGCAGAGCCAGUAUCACUGUGUGCAGCUGUGCUUGAUAAUCUGACACCCCCUUUGGAUCCCAUGUAUCCCCUUUGUGCUAUGUGUGUGUGUGUGUAUGUGAGAGAGAGAGAGAGAGAGAGAGAGGUUGUGAUUAUUGACAGAAGGUGAAAAUGUCCCGUUGACAUUCACAGUUACCCGUUUGUUGUGCUUCCUUUGAUUUCCGUGAUUUGACUGCUUCUUUCAAUCAGACACUUCUGCUUUCACAGAAUCACUCCUCAUUUAAAGGCAGUUUUACCACCCCGUAAACCAUCCAGUCCUUUUCUAAAACAUGUUGUUCUGUUAUUCUAACAUUAUUCUGUCAUUAUGGUUUAAUAAGUACACAAAGGUUUUGGCAUGUCUUCAGUUCACUGCUUCAGCCAGCAGUCAUGAUACAGACUUAAGUGACUCCAACAUGUGAGAUCAAACUUUUUAAAAGCUAAAAUCCUUCAGUCUGAAUGUCUCAGAGGUCAGAUAGUGAGACCAGGUUGUUCCACUGCUGUGGCGCCAUCAGACGUGUAACAGAGGUGUUAAAGAGGUGAGAUGGGAUCACUGUGAACUGGUGGAGCAGGCAGGGUAUAACAGGGCUGUCAAAGUCGUCCAGUCAGAUUAUUAUUAUUAGAGUAUAAGUUGGAAUACUUGCUUCUAAAAUUGCUGAAGUACUAAAACUACUCAAUUUAGAUCUUUAAACACACCUGGCUGCCAUGGAUGUGGUGUGUUAGGUAAGUCUGUUAGUUUUAUGAUUGGUUGGCUGGCGUGUUUGUUUGUUGGCUGACGUGAUGGUUGGUUCAUUAGUUGGUGUCUUUGUGUGUCUGUUAGUUGACGUGUGAUUAGGGUUGCAAAGGGGCGGGACAUUUCAGGUAAAUUUCCAGAAACUUUCCAUGGGAAUUUAAGCUGGGGAAUUUUGGAAAUAUUCCAAAUAGGAAACUUUCCAUUGGAAUUAUGGGAAUUCAUGGAAAGUAACUGGAAGUCUUGGGUAAUUUAAACAAACUGUAUCAUAUCCAAACAUAAAUGUAAAUAUUUUUCAAAAUAAUGAUUGUGAACGUGGCAUUUUUUUGUAGAAUAAAAUUACAAAAAAAGCUUGUAAAAACACCAACGCAAUCGAAUGAACAGAAACAUAGUUGGCUAACCAACUGGAAUAGUCUUCAAAAUAUUUGACAAUUGAUGUAUAAAUUAUUGUAUGAUUACUGAAAACCAUCUUGCAGGAGUCAGAAGGAACAGCACCACAUUUGAGGUAGCUACCACCACCAUAAUAAGCUACACUCUGAAAUAGUCAAUGAAAUUAAAAAUAGUUUACAUUAAGCACCUAUUUUUAUUUGAUUUUUGCAAGUUUAAUAUUAAUACUAUUACAGAUCAAAUAUAUUUACCCCAUAAUAUUAUCAAAACUUACUUGACUUUAUGUAGUCCGUUGGCUCAAAUGUCUUGUGCUCUGGGCUCAAAAGUGUGGCCUUCAGGGUUCAAGAAAUCAUCUAUGUGUGUGAUGGAGGAAUGCACAGUUCAUGUAGGGGGUGUGGCCUCAAUUGCCCUGCAGUACGAAGUGUGCUGUGUGCAUGUUAAUUAGGAGUGUACUUCCAUUAAAUCUUGUUGUUUUGAAAAUUUAUUAUAAAAUAUAUUGUACUACAAUAUUUUUUCCCCAGCUAUAUUUAAGUUCUCUGUUGAGAGUCAACCUUCAAUUUUGUACAUUUUAGAUUUAUUCCUGUUAAUCCCUGUUUAUUCCCAUUAAUUGCCAUUAAUUCCCAUGGAAAGAUUCCAACUUUGAAAUUUCCUGGAAUUUUGCAACCCUACCUGUGAUGCACUAAAAAGUAACUCUGAACCCCUUGUGUCUUCACAGUUCUGCUCGGUGUGCUGCCAACAUGUGCCCAGACAGAGAUGAAGAGGGUUGUUGGAGACAACGCUACACUGCCCUGCCACCAUCAGUUCUGGGCGGGGGAUGACCCCACGCUGGACAUCGAGUGGCUGUUUCUGAAGCCCACCAACAGGCAGAGAGUGGUGAGUGAGUCUCAGUUAUAGAGAGUAAAGAUGCAGGUCUGUGAUCUUCAUUAGAGAUGUAUGAGUGUAACAGGGAAAAGUCAAAACAAUAAUGUUAAGACAAUAUUAUCAGUACAAAGAGCUAGAUCUAUCUGAUGCUUCAGUAUGGUGUAUAUUAGGCAUGUGAUGUGAUCAUAUAACAUAACAUUAAUUGAGAGAUGCAAAACAUCAUCAGUUAUAUGAUGAUAUAUCUUUUGUCAAUACCGUGUACCCCUAGUAAAUAGUACUGCACAAUUCAAUAGUUAUUGAUCAUAUAAAUAAUUGGCUUGAUGAAUUAAGAGCAUGAGGGUCUUUAAUGCAGGGCUGCACGUUUUAUUGUGUAGUGUGUAGUUGUUCACAGAGAGAAGAAAAAGGCUCCAUCACAUCUCGAUCCCACCCCCUCACCCAUCUCACUUCUCCACCAGGUCAUCACCUACUUUGCUGGACGGGUUUUCGACCCCAACGAAGCGGAGCGAGGUCGGGUCGCCUUUGCUGGAGAGUACUUAAAGGGCGAUGCGUCCCUGCUGAUCAGUGACCUGACUCUGACCGACUCAGGAGAGUACAGCUGCAAAGUCAAGAACGGUGCACAGUACCACUGGAGCACCAUCAGCCUCAUUGUUCUGGGUAAGACAGUGAAAACACCACACAGCUGGAAACCCCUCUGUUUCACAUGGACUGGGGAAAAAAAACAAAACAAAGUUCAGUCUCAUGAUCUGGUUCACCUCCCAUCUUGUGCUGCCAAGUGCUGUGAAUAUAGGAGUUUAACGCCGCAGGGUUCCUGUCUGCCAAGGUAAUAGAUCUGAAAUGUAGCAGCAGAGAGCAGAUCUUAAGGUGUUUGUUCACAUCUCAUGUCUGUGCUUGUUAAUAUGAAAUGCUUUUUUUUUCACAAAGAUCAGAGUCCUGCACUUCAAAAUUCUGUUUGAAGGCUGCUUUCCUUCAUCAGCUGACCUUUUCAGAUACACUCAAAGAGGCAGUCCACUGACAGAGUUUUUAUGCUGGCAGCGCUUGUUUUCUCUGUGAGCCAGUGUUGUUCAGCUUCUUCAGCACAAAAAUCACUCUUGGCUUCAUUUAUUUAUUGUCACUGUUCCCACAACUCUGUCAAUUAAAAAGUUACUCAAGUGUCACUUCUCUCUCGCCAACUAAUCAAAAUCAAAAAAGAGUAGAGCUAAAGUGUCAGCCUUUUAACGGCUGGUUUAUCAUCUGCAACCAGACUCCUCUUUUCUGUUUUUACGGCUCCACGAGGAGUUUUUGGUGUUUAUAAAAUAGACUGAAAUUGAGAUGGGCAAACAAGAGCAUCAGUGAGAAGACGGACCAUCUUUAUACUGUAAUUAUUAAUGACUGAAACUGGUGUGAGGGCAAUGGUGUCAGUAGAGCUGCUAAAGAACAUUUUCCACAUAACAUAUCCACAAAAAACAAUCAUAAUCAACUGUCAAAAGUCGAGUGUUUUUGUUCGAACUGCUUUGUCAACAGGGGGCACCAAAAUUGGCACAAACCCAAAGUUUGAUUGUUUGUGCAGUUUCCUUCUUAUAUAUACAUGGAUACAAGUACAGCGUACAAAGUUUCAGACAUAUGAAGGUUCAUCCUCAUUAUACCAACUUUACCAUAGCCUUCAUUUUCAAACACCACUAUGUCUCUUGGGGCUACAGGGAGAAGUGGUAAAAACCUCACCUUACAAAAUGGUAUAGCUCUUCACUACCUUAAUUAAUCAUUAAAAGUUAUUAAUGACAUUACAAAAACAGAUGCAAUGACUUUGUACAGAAAUGUAAAUGCUGACAAUUUCAUUUACAUAUUGGGAUCAGAGAUUUUCCACAGAAAUUUAUCAAUAUGCAGAACUAAGUUCAAAGUAAAGAUGUUGAUGGGUUUCUUUGGUCAGUUGAGCAGCCUUUCCUGAAGUCUCUGUUUUCAGUGGCCUAAAUCUGUGUCUAUGUGGGAACAGGAGGCCAAAGCACAGAGCUAAACUGUGUCCAAAAAUAUCCACAUACGUGUGUCAUGUCCUUUCUUUUGUGUGUGUGUCUGUGUGUGUGUUUGCAGUGAAGCCGUCGAAGCCGCGCUGCUGGAUGGAGGGCAAACUGUUGGAGGGCGGUGAUGUUCGGAUGAGCUGUAAGUCAGCUGACGGCUCUGACCCCAUCCUCUAUAAAUGGGAGAGGCUGCUGGACAAGGGCAAGUAUGUGGGCAAGCUGCCUCCUCUGGCUCUGAUAGGUGAGUCCAUUUAUCCUCCUCUUUGUCUCUCAAACCAACAUGUCUGAGGUCAUCUUCUAUCUGCCUCCUCUCUUACCUCUGACAUAUUGAAGUUCAUGUACUUGUACCAUGAGCUUCAAAUGUGUUUUUAAAUGAUAGAUUAUGGUAUUGAGUCUUGUCAAUGGAGUACUUCUCUAUAAGUGUGUCAAUGUAAAACUUAAAAUACACAGAGUCCACAGUGAUUUCAUUACAUUCCUCUGAUUCUAAAAAGGUUAGGAUAGGUAAACAUAUUAAUUGAUUACAGGCUUCAAUCAUUUACAAAUGCUUUGUACCCUUUAUUUAAAUGUAAACAGUGUGAAGACAACAUAGUUAAUGUUGAAACCUCAAAAAAUAAGUUUUUAAUGAAAAAAUAUAUGGCAGCAAAUGUUGGGACAGGGACAGAAAACUCCUGAAAAUGUUCUACAGUGAAAAAAAAAAGUGUCUGGAGCAUCUCCCAAAGAUUAAUUUGCACUAAGUUAUAAAAAGGACAGUAUAGAAAGAGCACCCCAGAGAGGCUGAGUCUCCUUGAAGUACAGACGGAAAAGUAACACAACUCUGUGAGAAACUAGGUGAGAGAAUAUUUUAACAAUUUCAGAAUAAUGUUACUGAAAGUAAAAUUGUAAAUAAUCUGUGGAUUUAAUCUUCUACAGAUUAAAGAUUUAAAAAAUAUGUUGAAACCCCUGUACAGAAAAGACAAGGCCCAGAACCAAGAAUAAAUGAGCGUGAUUUUCAGGACCUCAGGAAGCACUGCUUUAAAAAAAAGACUUGGCUCUGUAGUGGAAAUCACUGCAUUGGCUCAAAUUCUCCUCAAAGAUCCACUGUGUGUGACCUCAGUUCAUUGCAACAUCAACAAAUACAGAUUAAAACUGUAUCAGGAUGCAGAUUUAUAUAAGCUUGAAUUCAUGGCUGUCUUUUUGCAACAAGAACUCUUCAAGAAUCAGGAACUUGAGUGAGUUUUGGUUUUGUGUAAAAUCAAGCAAAGCACAGAGCUUUUGUAUUUACGAAUGGCUUCUUUGUAAAUUUCUGUUCAGCCACAGCUCUAAAGACUGACUCAAAGCUAAUAAAGUCUGUUUGAAAACCUUGAUGAACGACAGAAUCUCAGUCUUACAUAGUAUUUUGUCUCUGCUGAAACUUUCAGAUCUUAAAAACCCAGAGAUUGUGACGCUGAGGAACCUGACCAAGGAAAGCACAGGAGUCUACAAGUGCACAGCCAGCAAUGAUGUGGGCGAGGAGAGCUGCACAGUGGAGGUCAAGAUGCACUGUGAGUGGAAAACUUUGACUAACUAAUGGAAACCUGUUCACUUCAGCUUUCUCUCAGUAUGAAACCUUAAGAAUGAUUGCUCUCUCUCUCUCUCUCUCUCUCUCUCUCUCUCUCUCUCUCUCUCUCUCUCUCUCACACACACACACACACACACACACACACACACACACACACACACACACACACACACACACUGCCUGAGUGGUAAUCGCUGUGGCUAUUGUGUGACUGUAAACUCUGUAUGAUAUUAACAUGGCUGAGAGUCCAGACAGACAAAACACAGUAUGAAGUCUCCUUAUUUAAACAUGAACCUCUCUAAGGCAGUGGUGAAGUCAUGCCCUUGAUGUAUGAAGACUUCAUUUCUCAAGCAGGCGGCUUGGGUUCAAUUCUAGCCUGCAGCGUCUGCAACUAAUAGCCCUUUUUACAUUGGUCCUUCGUGGCAGGACUUUUACGUCACACCUUCAGUACAGAAAGGUGUGUUAUGGUGGGUUGAAGUCAUCCUGCUGCUGUGCCUGAGGUGUCAAAGACAUACCAGGAUGAGUUAGGAUCACUUUCAAGCGUUGGAGCCAGCAGGGCUGACCAGGGAUAUGGUGACUAACUUACCACAGCUGCAGUCAUCAACUAGGGUAGAAAAAAUUUGCUUGAGUCUGCCAUUAUUUGUAUUGUAUCGCAGGAAAUGCAGAGCAGUUUUCUUUGAGUCUGCAGAGCCAGAUAAAACACCGUACGCUGCACUCAUGAUGAUGCCGCCGUCGUCUCUACCAUCCCCUUAUAUUUGGUUCUGCAAGAGUAUAAUGCAGUGUAAAAUUAUACCCCAGGAAAUCAACUACAUUAUUGCUCUGUAGUGGAAUCACAGCAAAGAGGCAGUGAGACUAUUGGAAAUAAGCAAACUGUAAAAAGUGUCCAGUAACCUCUUAAUUUACCUCUGUUAAAAAGUGGCGCUCCUUUCUUAAUGAGUGCAGCGACUGUGGAGGUAGUAACACCUCUGGCUCUCACAUACUGCCGUUUCAGGGCGGGAUAUUUACACCCUGUUGUGUCUCGUCUGCAGUGUGUAACACUCAGAGGCGUAAUGGUGGGGUAAGUUCACUCCACCUCUGAUCCUCUCUCAGAGGUAACAGUGGGGGUGUAAUGGGGGAAAGCUGCUGGUAAUGUUCGAGUCAGCACUGGCAGGACAGGACAGCAUGAUGUGUAUGUUGCUCUCCUGCUGUGUGUUAUAAAGUAGUCCCUCCUGUCUGUGCAUCCACAUUGUUAUAUCAUGUGUAAUCACAGCUUGGGGCGCCAAACUGAUGUUGUUCCCGGUACAAUUGGUGAUUUAGUUUUUGAUUUGAUUCUGCAACUUUUUUUUUUUUUUACUUUGGUUGGACUUGCUGCAUUUCACAAAGUUACUAUUCAUUCAAAAUAAUUUCUUCUUUAUAUUCAAAAUGAAUGUUUCUUUAGAGUUUCAUGGGGAUGUUUUGAUCAUGCAAAUUUCUUGUAAGUUUUUCUUAUCAAUUUAAAAAGAAGAAGGCUUAGAAAGUAAACUCUAAUGGUAUUUUUUUCCUUUGUCCAGCACUGAGGAUGUCAAUAUGAGCAGUGAUUCAAGACAAUAACUGAAAGAACUUUGUUUUUGUUUUGUGUUUGCAGGAAAACUUUUUAGUUGUUUUAUUAAUGAAGCUGUAGCCACCUCCAAUUUUGGGUAGUUGUUGUGCAGGGUGAUGUAAGAGUGGAGAAACCAAAGUAGUUGUUUGGAAUCAUACUGUGUGAUUUGUUUUGGCUCUCUUGAGACAGCCCAGUCUGACUUUGUUCAGGUUAUGAAGUAUUGAUCGAUGCUUUUCUGCAACUCUAAAGUCAGACACAACAAGUAGACAUUAAGUUGGAUUAAAUUCCACCAUAAUCAAUUAUCAAGUAUUUUCUAUGUGAGCAGACCAUCACAGACCUGUAAAGUUGGAUUCACAGAGUCAGAAAUGCUAGUUUUGUUUUAUUUUUAACAAAAGUGAACAUAGGUAAUGAUUGUAGUUAAUGCAGGUUUUUGUGUGUAUGCUGUCUUGGAACGUGUGUGUAGAUGUGAGGGGGAUGGGUGUGGUUGCAGGAGCAGUGGUGGGUGUGUCCUUCGGCGUCCUCCUCAUCAUCCUCAUCAUCUGGCUGGUGUUUCGCAAAAAGGAAAUGAAGAAAUAUGAAGAGGAAGAAACUCCGAAUGAGAUCAGGUAACAUGAUGAAGUGAAGCGUCCCACUUCAGUACUAAUGAAACUUGUGAUCAGGACACCGGCCUCGGCCCUACAGGGAGAUAUAAGCAAAAUUGUCCAUGCCCCAGUGUUUUCUUCAAUAUGUUUCUAAAUUAGCAGAUAUUUUUCAAAAAUCAUAAAAAUAUUUCAUUUUUUAACCCUUAAUGUCACUACAGUGAAGUAAUUAAUUUCAAAAAGUUUUAACAAUUUAGAAACCAUCAAGUUAUGUUUCCUCAACACAAAAUCUUAACACAUUUGACUUUUGAAAUGUAUGUGUAGUGCAGUAACUCAGAACAUUAUUAGAGCCCUGGAAGAACACCUCACAUAAAAAAAAAAUAAAAUAGAGCCAUAAUUUAUGUAGUUAUAUAGUUUUAUUGGUCCACUAACAUUAGGUUUCACUGGAUCUAUUCUAGCACAAUCUCUUUCCUUCUCUUGUUCACAUAUUUGUGGGUGUUUGCACAGCUUGGGGUGUCUUAAUUGAAAUUGAGGAGCCAGUUUGUUAAAUGUACCAGGAUUGAGUGAUUGUGCCCCCAAAAGUUCCUGGAUCCUUUAAUAGUGCUACCCCACAAGCAGGGACUUUUUAAGGUGCAUGUCACUUAUGCAGACCAAAAUUUAGACCGUGGUUCCCGCUACUGAAGCGCGCAGAGCACGACAAAGGUUCUUUGUUCCUGGGUAAAUACCCUUCUCCAGCAAGCACCCAAAGUGGGUCUGGAUUUAUCUGCAGUGUCUUUGAUUCUGUUGGAAACACAGAUUUAAUAUGACAUUAAGAUAAGUUUUUAAAAUGAACUGUGUGUCCUUUUCAGGGAGGAUGCUGAGGCUCCCAAAGCCAAACUGAUGAAGCCCAACUCCCUCUCCUCGUCCCGCUCUGGCAGCUCUCGCUCAGGCACCUCCUCCACCCAGUCCAUGGUGCACAACAUGGCGCCCCGGGGCCAGCGACCCUGUAUCCCUGCAGUGGCAGCUCUCAAAGAAAACUGCCCAACCUCCACCUUCCCUCAGUCUCCACCUGGCUACAAUCAGGUUGUUCCCAAGACUCCUGAACCCCGCUGCACCCCCACCUCCACCUCUACCUCCAACUCCAAGUCCAGCACGCCCCCUAAACUGAGUCCUGGGAACCUGGCCCGCAUGGGGGCCACUCCUGUCAUGAUCCCAGCCCAAACCAAGGCCUUCCAGACUGUGUAGGAACAAGUACACAGGAGGAGGCCGCCUCAGGAAAGUGCAACCAGAUAAAGAUCCAGUUCUAUUAUGGAAAUCUAUUCUCACCAAUCACAGGCCGCUGGAGACUAACAGCAGUUCAACUCUCACAGAGUCCCUGCUUUAUACUAACACUGUAGGAACAAGCUUUACCUGCUGGUGUUCAUGGACACGCUGUCACCUGAGCAACACCUGGACCGAGGUCGUGUUCUGUGGACUGAGAUUCAGCAGAGAGGACUGCAUGGAGCAGGAGGGGAUGGAGGAGGUGAAGUGGACAGAGAGAGAGAGAGAGAGAUGAGAGGGGAUGAAUAGAGCACGUCCACGACCAUAUGUUUUUAACAACCUGAAACACCUUCUUACACACAACACAAGGUUAGAACACCCUGCACCUGUGUGUGACUGAACUGGAGACUGUAGUUAUACUGUAUGUUGUUAGAGUACUAGACAGGAUGAAUGGCUCUGAUUGUAUAAACAGACUUCUCACACCCAUACUGUCACUCUGUAACAUAUGUCUCUGAUUCCUCUGUGCCCACAGAAGCUCUUAUAUAUACGAGCACAGCUUUGUUAUGUUCUUCAGCCAUCUUCAGGAGUGUUAUACUGAACUCAAACAGGACAGGUUCAAUGUGUCAAUGCCUGAUGGUUUAGGGCCUGUGUCCACUAGCAGCAUUUCUAGCGCUGGAAGCACCUGCAGCCUCAGUGUCAGAGUGAUUUUCACCAGGGUUUAUUGUUGCUGAGUCACAAAAGUUUUCUUGUGAUGUUUUGAAAUGUUCCUUUUGAUGAAUAUUGGUUAUCCCUGAUUAUCUGGCCAGUUUUUGAUACAGUUGAUUGGUUGACUCCAGUGCCCUACCUCGGAAAAGGACAUAAAGAGGUUCAGCCAAGGAGGGAGGUGCCAAUCCACCAACAGCAUUUAAGGUCGAUGAAGCCAGUGGAGAGAGAGCAGCACAGGCGUGAUUCGGCCUCUCUUUUCCUUGGCAGUGAGGAGAUGAGUGGCAGCAUUUCGAUCAAGCUACAGGUGCUGAAUAGAUGAUUCUUUAAGCCCACAUACAAAGAGUUACAAUAUUCAGGAAAAGAUGCAGUAAAAGCACAUUUAACUCACUCUAAAUCAUCAGGUGGGAAACUGGCUUUUACUUCAGCUUUAAAUCUCAACUGAGAGUAGCUGGACUCUACCACAGAGGAUAUUUGCUGGUUCAUUGUUCCAAUUCCCGGGUCGGGCAGGGUUUGUAUGUUCCUCCCAUGCAUGCGUGGGUUCUCUCCAGGCAAUCCGGCUUCCUCCCACAGACCAAAACAUGCUCAUUAGGUUAUUUGGCGACUCUAAAUUGUCCUUAGACUGUAUAAGUGUGAACGUGACUGGUUUUCUGUCUCUCUAUGUGGCCCUACAGUGGACUGGCUACUGAUUCAGGGUGUACCCCGCCUCUCUCCCAAUUACAGCUGGAAUAAGCUCCAGCCCACCCGCGACCCCAUAAGUGGUAUAGAAAAUGGAUGGUUGGAUAUUUUGUCAAGUUUACAAACGUGGUUUAAGUAUACAUCGCAGUCAAGAGUGUUCGGGGUGUCUAAACACACUGACCUCUGUUUUCUUCUCAUUUAGGCUGAAAAAGUUAAAGGCUUGACCAUAACUCAGUGUGUGUUGGACACUUCAGUAAUGGCUGCACUAAGAUCCUUCUCAAAUUUAAAGUAAAGUGUUUUUGCAAAUGUCAAAAUAGUGAAAUAAGACAUUAUGCUUUUGGACAAGAAACAGAACUCAGAAAAUAUGAUGGGGCCCAAAACAGACCCUUGGGGGACACCUUAAGUCAGAGGGUCUGUCUUAAUAAGUGGAUUUGAAACCAUCUGAGAGCUGCAUCCUUACUUCCAGCAACACUUUCUGAGAGAAUUUGUGAUCAAGAGCAUUUUUUAUCCUCUCAACUGUUGUUGACAGGUUUAAUAUCAGAAGUCCUGCCCUGUUGAGUUUGUUUGAUUGAUGAGGGGAAGCAACAAUGGCAGAAGCAAAAGUUUUCUGUGACUUGGACUCUAUUCAACUGAGGAUGCUGUGAGUGCAGCAACUAAUAAAUCUGACACUGAGGGUGUUUUUGCACGGAGCGCUGAAAAUGCUGACCUGCACUGGUUUGAUGUAAAUAAUAGAAAAUUAACAUAACCAGCUCAGAAAACAUUCUUGGUCAACAUGGAGGUGAAUUCAGAGCGUGACAGAUACUGUCGUAGUGGAGUUUUCAUUUUCCAGUAAAGGAGUGCUCAUAUUUUGUAGAUUGUUACAGGGUUUAGCAGAGGCCCGACAGAGAAAGUGCCACAUUAUGAUGGUUUACAUGUGUUCAAUUCCUUUAACUGUGCUUUUCUUUCAUUCGCCUUUUAAAUCAGUAAUGAAAAACUGUAUGAAUGUGAUGCUAAACUAUGUUUUUUUUCUCAGCUAUACAUUUAAAUGUUUGUUUUGAUUAAAAUGUAUUUUAUUUACUCUAAAAAUAAUUCUCAACACUGUAGAGCAGAUUUAAUGACCCCUCUGUAUGCUUUAAAAUCACAGCAUGCUCAGUGUGAUGAUCAGACAUACAUUUCCACAGACGUUACUAAACCUGCAUCGGUUCCUGUCGUUGUUACACUGACAGUAUGUUCCAGUAGGUCUGGGGGAGAGGCCGAUCUGCACCUGCACUGCUACACUUCUAAGUUAACAAUCAAUAAUAUGCAACAUUAAAUGACACUUUCAGUAUUAAUUAGCUGAGUUUGCAGGAAUUAAGAAGAGAUGUCAAGAUAGAAACUUAAUAUUAAACUGUGAAAACAGAACAUAAAACAAUAACACCCAUUUACAAUUUCAGAAUAAAACAAUCUGGUAAACGAUAAGAAAUUAGAAUUGUUACUAUUAUAAGAAAUAGUUAAGAUAAAUUUAUGCGUAAAAAAAACAAAAAAACAUUUUCAUUUCAAACAUUUUCUGGGGCCUAUAAUGACUAUUACAUGUUCCAUGAAAAUUGAGCUCAGACUUUCCCAGGGUUCAUACAACAUCACCGGACUUCAUCAGAAAAUCAGUGAGUGAGAGGACAGCAUGCAGGAAAUGAUGUGGACACAUAAUCUGUUUGGGGGUUCCAUAUGUGCCAAAAUGAUGCAGCAUGUGCACCGUUCAGUUGGACCGGACCGGUUUUGUCCUCCUCUUUCACUCCAUGUCAAUGUUAUUCAGUUUAUAUGUCAUCAGCACAAGUUUCUGUGGAGUAUCCACCGAGUGUGUCAUACAUGUUGUCAGCUCUGUCUUUGUGAAAGUCAGGUUUGGAUUGACUAAAAAAGUUGAAGCAUUAAAAACAACCCCAGUCUAACAGAUACAUUGAAUCCUGGGCAUGCAGUUAAAGGACCAAUCAGCAACCAUCUAUAAAGCUCAUAGAAACAACAAAGUGACAUAAGGACAAGGUUGGAAGUGGACUCAUGUCACCUCAUGAAUAGUGUCCCAAAUUACCAGCUCGCACAUUUUUCUGCACUUAGGCAAUUCCCAGUCCCUGUGAGCCAACAUGCAAAAGUAUUGGAUACAAACCAGCCAAAGCAAAGAGCCUUGUUCUCACUACAAAUAGCUGGACUUUGCAGGCAGCAGAGAGUUACCUCACUGUGACAGAUUAGUAUAUGUUGAACUGAGAAAUGAAAAAACCCUGUACUCCUAAUCUGUCCCCUUUGAUAAACUCAUAUGAGAGCUCAUUUAGCAGGAGAUUGGACGAAAUGUGUCACUUCUAAUAACCUUUCUAUUAAAAACAAAUAAAAUACUUUUAUUUAGUCCAUGUCAAAUAGGAAUGAGUAGGAAAAUAUUUUUUUUUCUUAAAGUAAAGUGAAAGAAAGAGAUUUGAAAUUAACAAAAGAGCUCAUUUGAUAAAGACCAAACCAAAAACUUUGACUGAUAAACCAAAUGUUUUCGCCCAUGACCGUACAGAUUCAAUGAUAUUUCUUACAUUCAGAUGCAUUUCAAACUCUUUGGAUACUUUUAUCAGGUGCAGCAUGAGGUACAUUUGUAAUUUUAUCCAGAUGAACAUGUUUGCGCAUGGCAAGCACACAUAUUUGAAAAUAGAAAAAAAGGAGAAAUUAAUUUGGAUAACAGAAGACCUCUAUAUGCUUCACGCUGCAAUUCAGUGUCAUUUCUCCUCUUUUCUGCUAACAUAAGCUGGCAUCAACAUCAGGACUUUGCUAACCAAACAAUAAGACUGCUGUGACGUGGUAGGGGGAUGAAAGCAAGGCUGUAAGCAACAGGGUAACUAAUUACUGUCAUUUGAUGUUAAUUACUGACAUAUUAAUGUUAAAUGACACAUUACACAUCAAAGUAUCUAGGCUUGUGAGAUGCAGUGUAUAACAGCAGCCAAGCUAGCAUCUGCGUAAAUGCAAGGUAGCAGGAAGAAUGUGAUAUGUAAUUUCAAUGAUGAGGGUAUUCAGCCAGUGAAAUAGCAGACUGGAUUGUAAAGAGUUAUAUGAUAAUAUGGAUAUUGAUUGAUUUGAAAACUUUAUUGAUGAAAAUGUUAAAUUGGUUUUGACUGUAAUCAUUUUGAAAAAAGCACAGAGAGAGCAGAUGUGUUGUAUUUGUGACACAUUAAAAUUGAGUGAGUCCAAAUAAAUGAUUUUAAAUACGGGUGGGGCUUGUCCCAGUAUAAACAAUGGUUCAAACGUAAUGUUGCAUCCUUAUGUCAGACUUGUACACGUUUCAUGUUUCAGUUCAAUGUAAUAGAAGAGAACAGCAGACAGAACCUUUUGACUGGACAGCUGUGCAGGAAUGAUAGUCAGGAUUUGUUUGAUCUUCUCUCUCAGCUCCUUUUAUUUUUGACAAAACUCCAACAGCAGUAUAUGAGGAAAACUCCUAAAUUCUUAAAACCACCCCUGGAUUUCCCCUCAUGCCUCUAAAGUGAUCAUAGAGAGCCACUCCGACAUGCCCACUGAGCUGCGAUGCAGAAACACUCACAGGGAUUGAUCAGGAAUGCCUCCUUGUUUCAAUGUGUCAGUAUCAAACACACAGGAAGGCCCUGUAGCUGAGUCUUCAUUUCACUGUUUACCUGUCCUUCCAUUCAUCACAUCCACUCCAACUACAAACGCCAUCAUCCUGGCCAUGGUGCCCCUGGAGCUCAGACCUGCUCACAGUCAAACCUGCAGAGAUGUAUGGGGUGAAAUCCCCCCGUAAAGCUGAGGAAUGAUGAUAAUAUGCAUGUUACAGAUACUAAACUAUAGGAAGAGUUUUGUUCUUUAUUGCCUCAAAGCUUAUAUUACACAGAAAUUAUACUUCUAUAGAUUAAAUAUAAAGGUCAUAUAUAAAUCAAACUGUAAAGUCAUAAAUCUUUGAUAUUUUUUGUUUCAUUUAUUUUUUUCUGUUAAUGAUAUGCAUUAAAUACAAAGUACUUUGUACUCUCUGUCUCUUCUUUAUGUAAAUAUAAAAAAGUCUUCACUUCAAAGUAUGGCAACAACAUGGUGCCAAGAGAGGCUGUUUGCUUUCUCUCUCAUGAUCUCAGUGUAAUGCUUUUAUUUUGAAGGAAGGUGUGAAUAUUGCCCUUUGCUUGAGUGAUUCAUGUAUAUUUGUACAGAAAAUGAGAAACAUGUUUUUUUCUUUGCUCUUUUUUUAAAAUAUAACUUUGGAUGGAGAAACACACACAAAGCCUCUGUGGUCAUUUCUAUUACAAAUACAGUAUAUCAGUGCUUGACAGUUGGUGUAUGAACAGUAAUUAAGUGGGUUUUUCAGGUACUUGC